GUUAAAAUGUCAUGUAGAACUAAAAAAAUUAAGAAAUUCUUAUUUUCUCCCAUUUUCUUCAUAAUAAAUUAUGUUUCAUAGCUAAAUAUUUGAUAUUAAAUGAAAGCCCUUUUUCCCCUGAAUAAAAUGAUAUAUAAUAAGGGUGGGUGCAUUUAAUAUGAAAGAGGUGAAUUACGGUUGGACAGACAUGUAGCGCAAAUGCCAGGUUUUGUUUACAUUUUGUUUCAUUCACAACGUGUACAUUUGGCUCCGUCCUUAAGGGGUUAAAUAAAGGAAUUAUUUUGGACAAUACACCAAGGUUUGUGCCAAAUUCCUUUUACCGUUUUAUUGAAUUUUAAAUUUUUUUUUUUUUUUUUUUUAAAUCAUACCUGGCUUUUUACCAUUACUCCAAAGAUAUCCUAGGUGUGGAUCAUACCACCAAAGCUGAUUCCAUAGAGCAGUUGGCCUGCUCUAUACUUUGUUAGUAUAUAUUUUAAUAUAUUUCUUGAUACAUUGGUUUUAUCUACUGAGAGCACUAUUGUCGCUUCCUCACCUUUUACUGUCAUUUUAGUUCCAGCUGCCAUUUGAAGCUCCUAGGACUGAUGGCACUCACAUUAUACCAUGGUAAUAUUAGAACAGGUAAACUAUUAACUAAAAGAUUACAAUUUAACUCAAAAAGUAAGAUCAUAAAAAAGAUCUUGGUAGUUGAUGGUACCACAUACUUAACCACCUAGGAUAUAACUAAAACAUGUUUAGAAUAUUAUAAAUCCUUAUAUAACUUACAAAAUAUCCCUCCAACAUCACAAGCCAUUGUUGAUUUUCUCAAACGACUUAAUCUUCCGAAGAUUACACAAUCUAAACUAGAUAUGUUGAAUAGCCCCUUUACAAUAGCUGAGAUUACUGAUUCAAUCAAAAAACUAGAAUUGGGUAAGGCACCUGGCCCAGACGGCUUUACAGCCCUCUUAUAUAAAAAAAUUUGAUACUCUAGUUGCUCCUCUAUUAUUAAAAACUUUUAUUGAAAUGUCUAAUAAUAAAAUAAUACCACAUGAGAUGUUACAAGCCUUUAAUAAUCCCAAUAUUAAAACUAGGUAAGGACCCUUCAGCAACUUCAAAUUAUAGGUCCAUUUUCUUCAUAAAUACUGAUGUAAAAAUAUGUUGAAAUUUAGGUAGAUCGUUUGAGCAUGGUGAUGCCUAGUCUGGUUCAUGGUGACCAAUCUGGAUUCGUGAGGGGAAGGAGCACAACUGACAAUAUUCGUAGAAUACUCAAUUUUUUUACACAGACUAAAUUUACAACAAAUUAGUUCAGCCUUGGAUGCCGAGAAGACUUUUGAAAGGGUCAGCUGGGACUUCCUUGACCUGGUUCUCGAGAAAAACAUUAUCAGAACUUUUAAGAGUAAUAUCAUGAGCCUAUAUUCAGAUCCCAGUGCAAGGGUUAUUGGCCCCAAUUUUGUAUCAGACAGCUUUUCAAUCCGUAAUGGCACUAGACAGGGGUGUCCGUUGGCACCUCUGCUGUAUAUACUAACAAUUGCUAUAAUGAUGAGGACAUUGACACAGGUCAAAGGAGUCCCAGUUGGCCCUGUAGAACAUAAGAUAACACUGACGAUGUGCUCCUUUCCCUUACAGAUCCAUUGGUCUCGAUUCCUGCUACUUUAAGACUAAUUGACCAAUAUAAUAUAUUUUCUACAAUCAACCUACAUAAAACACAGAUCUUGACAGCUUUGGCACACAAGGUAGAGAUGGACGAGUUAAAGAAUUGACAUAAUUUCAAUUGGAACAAUAUGUUUAUAGAUUACUUGGGCAUUAAAUUGAGCUUCGAUUUUAAAGCCUUACUUGAACAAAACCAUACAGAUCAGUUAAAAUUAAUUUAAGAGUUACUGAUCAAAUGGAAAGGAUUAAAAAUAUUGUGGCUAGGAAGAAUCAACCUAAUAAAAGCCUAUAUAGUACCAAAAGUACUUUAUCUAGUAAGAUCCACCCCCUUAGAGUUAAUUCAACUAUACAUACAAAAAAAUAUUCUCUGAUUUUAUAUGGAUGUGGCAAAGGCCUAGAAUAUCAAAUACAAUUUUAACUUUACAAAAGAAUAAGGGAGGGGUAUCUUUUCCAGACCUGAUUACCUUACAUGAAGCAUGUAUGCUUACACAUGUACUAUCUUGGACUGUCCAAGGCUAUUAUGAUAUAACCUGGUUUGAAAUGGAGCGCCUAGACUGCCUACCAUAUUUUUCUUCUAAUAUCAUAUGGUCUGAGACAAGACAUCUUAAUCUUUGUCAAAUUUCUAACCCCAAUAUAAUGGAUUCUUUGAUUAAUAUAAAAAAAUAAAGAAAAAAAUGGGUAUAACUAAUAAUCUGCUUUUAAAGACACCAUUAGAGGUUUUACAAUAUAUCGUUGAUCUAAACCUUACCUCAUGGAUUUAGAAUGGUUUAAUUUACUUACCAGACAUAGUUAAUCAAUAUAAGAUAAAUACCUUCUCACAGCUACAGACCCAAUGUGGUUUAUCGAAUAAUCAAUUGGUCACUUAUCUCAGAUUAAAAAGUUUUCUCUUAUCUAGAUAUAUUUCACCAAAUCCUAUUCUUGAAGAUUUUAUAUUAAAUUCAAGGGAAAAAUGACAGAUGUCCAGAUCAAUAAAAUUAUUAAAUAGUAUGGAAAUUAUGUCUAAAUCUGCCCCUAUUCUUAAAUGGGAAAAAGAUCUGAAUAGUACCUUCUCACUGGAGGAAUGGAUUACUGGAAUAGUUCUCGUCACUAGCAAUAUUCAUUACAUAACACUUGAGGAACUACACUAUAAACUAAUCUAUCGUUGGUAUUUGGUUCCCCAACUAAUGCAUAGAAUUUCUAUCAUUCAAAUCUUUGUUGGAGAUGUCUAUCAGAUAUAGGUACUAUUUAUCAUAUUUGGUGGGAUUGCAUACUGCUGAACGUAUUAAAAACAAGCCUAUGCAAUGUACUCAAAAAUAUGUUCCCAAAUAUUCAUACUAUUUCUCCACAAAUGCUUCUGUUUAAUAUUGAUCUUCCUACUGGUAAUAAAAUACAAAAGAACGUAAUUGUUCAUAUCUUAAUGGCCACUAAGAUAUGUGUGGCAAGACCAUGGAAAAAAAUAGAACCAUUGAGCUGGUUGGAAGUAAAUAACCAAUUAGAAUUUCAAUGCAGAAUGGAAUAUGGAUUUUAUUAAUCGAAAGGGGAAUUAGAUAAGUAUAGAGAAAUUUUGCAUCCCUGGACACGUAUAAGGAUUCUCAAUAAAUUAUAAACUGAAUGACUUCAGGACUCCACCCCUCAGACCAGCCGGCCCACUGAUCCUCGCAACCCCAAAGGGACACGUUUUAUUUUUUUCUUCUGGUUUUUUUUUUUUUUCCCCUUUCUCUUCCUUGAAUGAAUGAAGUAUGAAAGGAAUAUCCUUAUGUUCAAGUAAAAUUAUCCAAUUGAUCUAAUAACUAAAGACCAUUAAUUUGAAUGUAACAAUGUAUUUUUAUCCUUAUCUAUGUUGUAUAAUUAUAACUGUAAUAAGACUAAUAUUUUAUAUUUGUAACAAGUUAAAUAUUUUUUGAAAUAAAGAGAUAUAAAAAAAAAAAAAGAAGAAAUGCGUCCGGCCAUGCUGAGUGUCAGGCCAGCCCUACCGCCCUACCCUCCUCCCCAGCAGUAGGUUUUUAGUACUGAUGCAGUGGCUAUUUAAGUGCAAGCUCACAUGACCCAUCAACAAAGCAAAACUCUUAGGUGAGUCCUACACUAACAGUUGGAAUAGUGCGUUGCUAAUUAAUUAUUUUAUUUUGGGGGGACUUUUAUUCUAUGUAUUUUAGAUGGUGAAUACUAUAUGCAUUGCAGGAGCAGUGAGAGUUUGAGCACAGGGCUUAUUUUUGUGCAUUUAUACAUUUCACCACAAAACAACCCAAUCUUUGCUCUACAGUCUUUUUUGCUGUAUUUGAGCAAACCUUUUGGUGUCCCAGGUGUUGACUCCCACCAUCAGCAAUUUGCUUGUCUGAGAAUGAUGAAAACAUUGAGAAACUGCAGUUCUCACAAAGGUUAGGGGAGAAAUCUGUACUUAUUCAAAGUUCACGAUUUCGGGUCACUUCCCAGUAGAGUCAGCUCAGCAUUUAAUAUUUCCAAGAUCAAUAAAAUGAGUCCUAUUAUGAAUAUUAAAAUCAAUACUCUCUAGGACAUGCUUAUAUGCAAAAUGUACUAUACCAUUAUUUCCAGCUGAAUAACUCUAUGGUAUAUAAAACCACUAGAGUACAAUUGGAAGCAUGAGUAAUGCAAGUGCUAAAGAUGUUAUGAAUAACAUACCUAUGGCCGCCUUGUAUUUACUGAUCAACCAUUUUCCUACUAUAAGCUGCAUGAAUUAUGUAGUUACCUCUCUAACAUAGUAAAAGGUUUUUUUGUAAUACAACUGAAGAGCAAUCUGUGAAAGUCAUUCUUUUUAGCUAUUAUUAUUUGCUAUUCAAUUAACAUGCAAUUGUAAAUAUUUAAUAUCAUUCUCUGCCUGUAACUUAACAUUAAAAUACCUCUCCCUUCUAGAACAAUACUAAAUAGCUUUUUCAGAUUUGAUUUUUUUUUUUUUUUUACUGAGAUUUUCAUAUUGUAAAGUAGCACUGGUUACUUACAAACGGCUCUAUCUUAAAAUGGGUUACGGGAGGAAAACACAAGCGGUGUCCCAAGGAAAUUACACCAUUAUCUUUGGUUGUAAAGUGAAUGAGUGAGGUUAGCACUUCAUCCUGACACAGCUGACAUUUGGUGGUUUAAUGAGUAUCUAUAUGAAAAAAGCGAAGGCAUGAAAGAGUUUUCAAAAAUAAUCAAUGAGCAGAAAGUGUGUUUAUUGAGCAGAGAUGGUGCACAUUUCAAAAUACAAAUAUUUUUAAUGAAAUUACUAAUAUUUUUUGAGAUAAUUUGAUGUUCUGUUAUUGGAAAUAGGGCAUUUUAUGGACCAAAAUGUGAUGAUGUCAUGUAAUAUCACUGGCAUUAAUUUAAGGUAAAGGGACACUAGGUCUUAUAACUACCGUAUUUACUUGAAUCUAAUAUGCCAUUUAAUCUAAUGCGCACCUCAAUUUUUGAAACCUGGAAGCUGAAAAAAUUUUUUGCUGGCAAAUGUAAUGCGCAUUUACAACAAUGAAAAUGUUUAUUGCCAUAUACCAUAGUAACAUUGAUGGUAUUUCAAUUUUAGUGAUACAUGUUAAGUCUAUUUUUUCUUAAGCUCUAUUUCAGGAACAAUAUUUGCCUGUGUGAAUUCGCCGAAAUGAAAUUCACCUGUGUGACAUAAACUGGGACAGAGGGACUAGUAGUUCAGAUUAAAUGAUAGAUACCACAGGUGGUGGUUCAACCUUGAAAAGGGAGAACCAAACCACCCGUGGAGUCAAAAAACACCCCUUAACGGACACUCCAGAGGUGUCCUGGGGCUUAACCCCUAAAUUUCAAUCAAAAAGACUCAAGUUACUGGAAAUAACAAUCCAGUGGUUCGAGUAUAAACUGGAACUAUAAUGAUAAAGGUUCAAUCUUUGUAUUUAAGCAAUUUCUUACAGAUUGAACCUUUAUCAUUAUAGUUCCAGUUUAUACUCGAACCACUGGAUUGUUAUAUCCAGUAACUUGGUUCUUUUGGACUAGUAGUUCAGCAAAGGGAAUUAGGUUUUUGAACUUGUUAAAUGACACCUUCGUGUCACAACUUCAUGUACAAGCACCAACUAGAAAGGACGCUUGUCUGGACCUGGUUCUAACAAACGUUGAUCUUUUGACCAACAUUCAAGUAAUUGAGAACUUGGGAAAUAGUGAUCACAAAAUAGUGACCCUUGAAAUACACUCAAAAAUACAUAGGGUAUACUAAAACAUAUAAUUUUAAAAAGGCCAAUUUUAAUAAGUUAAGGGGAGCUUUACAAUAUAUUGACUGGCAAAAACUCUUUUUAGCGAAAAGAACACUGAGGGUAAAUGGAAUAUCUUCCAACAAAUAUUAAAAAGGUACAUUUCUCAUCAUGUACCAUUGGGUAAUAAAUAUAAAAGAAACAAAUUGAAACCAAAACGGCUUAGUGGGUAAGUGAAUCAAGAAAUUAAAAAUAAGAAAAGGGCAUUCAAAGCCUUUAAAUUGGACAAAUCAGAGGCAUCCCAGAAUAGAUUUAAGGAAGUUAAUAAUGUGUGCAAAAAGACUAUUAGUUUCGCUAAACUUUAAAAUGAAAUUGGAGGAAGGUGGAUGUGGUUCCUAAACGCAAAAAGGAUUCGACAUCCUUGCCUGGAAAUUAUAGACCUGUUAGCUUAACUUCUGUGGCUGGGAAAGUAUUUGAAAGGUUAUUAUGGGAUAAUAUUCAUGAAUUAUUUGAGAAGAACAUGGUUAUCAGCAAAAAUCAGCAUGGUUUUAUGAAGCACAGGUCAUGUCAAACUAACUUUGCGUUCUAUGAAGAAGUAAGUAGAAGUAUAGAUUAGGGUGUUGCAGUGGAUGUGAUCUACUUGGAUUUUGCCAAGGCGUUUGAUACAGUUCCACACAACAGAUUAGUGUUCAAACUCAAAGAAAUCGGUCUAGAUGGAAAUUCUUGUUCUUGGGUGGAACAUUGGCUUAAAAAUAAAGUACAGAGCUGUCAUUAAUGGUACAUUUUUAAGCUGGACAGAAGUGGCAAGUGGUGUCCCUCAUGGUUCUGUUUUGGGACCCCUUCUAUUUAACAUGUUUAUAAAUGAUCUUGAAAAAAGGACUGAAAGUCAUGUUUCAGUGUUUGCAUAUGACACAAAACUCUGUAAAAUAAUACAAUGUAAGCAAGAUAUUACUUUGCUGCAGAGGAAUUUAGAUAGGCUGGAGGACUGGGCACUGAAAUUUAAUGUAGAUGAAAUUUAAACAAGCAACUUUUACCGUUAAUGGAAGCGAAUUAGAGCUAACCACACAUGACAAGGACUUGGGAAGUGUUAUAGACAACAAACUAUGCAACAAUGUGCAAUGUCAAUCAGCAGUCGCUAAAGCCAAUAAGGUAUUGUCAGGCAUGAAAAAGGGCAUUAAUUCUUGGGAGGAGAAUAUAAUUUUCCCUCUUUAUAAAUCGCUGGUAAGACCACAUCUUGAAUAUGCUGUGCAGUUUUGGGCACCUGUGCCAUAAGAAAGAUAUUAUGGCACUAGAAAGAGUGCAGAGGAAGGCUACAAGAUUAAUAAAAGGAAUGGAACAUUUUAGGGAUGAAGAAAGGUUAACAAAUUUAAACCUCUUUAGUUUACAAAACGUCGCCUCAAAGGGGAUAUGAUGACAUUAUACAAAUAAAUUCCAAACAAAUUUGUCAAGCCCUGUAUUGUGGUAUGCGCUCCUCUUCUAUCAUAGUAAAAUAAGAUCUUCUUACAGCGAUCAGCUGGGCAAUUAGACAAGUGAUUCUGUUAGCCUGCUGUUUUGACAUGGCCCAGGAAUGAUAUUCAACAAAAUCUGGCCCGGUGGACACAUCCCUGGAAUGAUGAGGAGUCUGACUGUCUCUGUCCAAUCUGCCUCAUUCAACUAUCCUAAACAUCCCCCCUGUUCUGAUAGUGAUAGUAGGGUAAUAGUGGAAGAGGUACAGCUAUCGGGAGGUGGUAAGAACUGCGCAGAAUCACUGCACUGGUAAUUUCAUUUUCUUCUUUAUUUCUCAUGAUACCAACUUCUGUUGUCUUCUCAGAUGUAGAUUUAUUCCAUCAUUCCAUCUCCACUCACUCCCUCGCAGCUCAAAUCCAUCUUCUUGGAGGCACUCAAAGUAUCAAAAACUGUGCCUCAGUGCAAUACAUUAGCUUCAACCAUUUGUCUGGUGACUACUGAAGAUACAGAUAAAUGACCAUCAAUGGUGGUGGAAGCUGUCAUAACACUAGCCUCCACAUUAGUACUUGGUUGACUUCUGCUAAUAGAAAGGCUGGUGGUUGUGGUGGCAAUAAUGACAGUGGCUGAGUUACUUGUGGGACUAGUAGCAGAUGAUGUUACAACGGUCUCCAUUUAAUGGAGAGAUUCAAAAGUAGAUAGAGUUGGACUUUGAUGCAGUAGGAGAGUAAACAAUAACUGGAGAAAAUAGUGGAUUGCUGCAUGUUCUCCCUAGAGUAUCCUCUUGUAAACCCUAGAGGUCAUAGUUGAGUUCCUCCUGGGUCAUAGUUAAAUAAAAUAUGUCUGCAGUGGUGGGGGAAAGAGUGGUAUCAUCACCAGAUUUAUCACCACCUCCAUCAAUACAAGACAUUUGGGACAUUACUCUAUCUCUUCAGUAAAGGUUGUCUCCACUGGCCCAGUGAACUAGAUUCUGCUGAUAUUUCCCUUAGUUGCUUUUUGGGGGUUCCAGAAAGAUUAAGGGGAAACACUGAUUUCAAUGUUUUUUGAAAGGUGGACUAGUAUGAGUCCUAGUGGCGAUGAUAGUUGCACUAGUCCAGCUACUGCUAACGGUACUUUCAGUCUGUAUUUGGGGAAGCAAUUCUUUACAAACAUCUUAAUCUUAAUACUACACGUGGGCCUAGCUGACACUGCUGCUACAAACAUUUCUGCUUGUUUAGAGUUUUAGUCAGCAAUUGCAGCAUUAAAUGGACAAGAAAAACAAUUCACCUCCUGGGUGCUGAAGCAGAUGCAAUGGACAUGCUACUCCCGUUAUCCUGUGGCUCAAUCAAAGUACAUAGGACCCUGGUGCAAGAAUAAUUUUGUGACCCUUCUAUCGCAAGGAUGGGGAAAAGGUAGAUUCCUGUUGCACAACUCCCACAAUACUUAGACAUUCUUGCAAGAUUGCACUUGGCGCUAAACAGUGUUUGCAUGUUUGAAUGUAAGCAUGUUUUAGUAUGGAGUAAGUGUGUGUGAAUGUAUGGAUGUAUUUGUGUGUAGUGUUGCCAUUUGAAAGCAGUGGUUUACUCGUGUGUAAUGUUUUUUGUUUGAAUGUAGGUUUGCAUCUGUAUGUAAUGUUGAUAUUUGAAUGCAAGGUUGUAUUUGUGUGUAGUGUUGAAGUGUGAAUGCUGAGAAGUAUGUAUGUAUCUGUGUUACACAAAAACACAUAUACACACUGACACACACAGAUACACAGGUAUAGAUGUGCAGACACAUGCACUGACACACAUACAGAUGCACAGAUACAUACACAAAAACACCAGAUACACACUGACACACACAGAUACACAGGUAUAGAUGCACAGACAUGCAGACACAUGCCCUGACACACAUACAGAUGCACAGAUACACACUGACACACACAGAUACACAGGAAUAGAUGCACAUACAUGCAGACACAUGCACUAAUACACAUACAGAUACAAGGAUACACAGAUAAGAUACACACUGACACAUAUGCAUAUACAUACACACAAUGACACUGUAAUAUGUUCUUCCUCACCUUGAGGUCUCUGCACCCAGCGGCCGUGCAUCUGCAUGACUGACACUUGCGGCAUGCUAAUGGAUGCCGGCCGCUGCGGAUCCAUGGCAAAUUAUACCCCCACGUCCGCUCACGUGAUUAACGAAGUCGGCGUGCAUGUGACGUCACGCACGCACUGCAUGAGCACUUUUUGGGGUCAAAGACAGAUCUCGGACAAUCAGAAAGGUAAAGCAGGUAUUUAAACCCAAAAUUUCCUUUCCUCAUUGCCCUGUCGUUAUUUCCCUAGUGGUUGUCCGAGAGUGCGUUCCUGAUUCAAGUAUUUUGUAGUUUUUUGACUCUGGCUUUGUUUUGACUUCCCUGUAUUCUGGUAUCCCUGAUUUCUGGCUUUCCCUUAUCAUUGUGUCUCUUUCUGUAUUCCCUGACCUCGGCAAGUUUCCUGACUACUCUUUGGUACGUUAAGUCCGGCCAUCCUUAGGCCCACUAAUACGUUAUCUAUUAGUCAUCUGUGUGACACAAUUCUACGUGCUGGAUCAACUAAUACACAGAUACACACAAUGACAGACACAGAUACACACAAUGACCCACAUAGAUACACAGGAGCACACAUUGAUGCACAGAUACACAUACAGACACACAAAUAACACAUGCAAACACAGAUAACAUAAGUUCACAUUACAUACAGUUUUAUCCACCCGCCUGUUUCUAUACCUUUUUGGUUGUUGGGGGGUGGCUUCCCUGGUGUCCAGUGGCAUCUUGCUGGGUCUGAUGGGCGUCAUGUCCAGAAUCCAGGCUUCCUCCUCUCUGGUCCUCCCCCCUGACCCGCAUGGCUUGAUUGUAUGCUGGGAGGAGGUGACUCACUUCCUCCCAGCACCGCCCCAUUGCACAGAUCACGGAGCCCAGUCGCGCUGUUAAAUGCCAUGGCACCUGCCCAGGCUCCCUGAUCAAAGAUGGGCAUUGGGUGACCAUAAGUGCAGGGGCCACCUGAUAUAUCCCCUUAGCAUGCGACUGAGGCUGAAUACUACUACAGUAGUGACACUUCUGGAGGUGGGGGUUGGAGGUGUGAGUAGUCCUUUUGACCAAGGUAUAGGUGUUAAAACACUCAAGGGAUAAUUCUAUUUUCUUUCUACAAAGAGUAAAAAAUAAAAUACUUUUCACACUCAGUGCAGUGUUCACUUGUGUAGUAAAUCGCAAUGUGUGUCUGUGUUAGUGUGUCUCUGUAUAUCGAUCAGUGUGUAUGUGUGCUAGUAUAUUUUUGUGUAUUAUGUGUAUGCAUAUUAGAAAUAGAGUGGCGGGGGGGGGUGCUACAAAUGUUUCUCCCCUAGGGCCCUGGAAUUGGUAACUGUGAUCCUGCUACCACAUGAAAUAUAGAAAGCCUUGGGCACCAAGUCGCCCUGGCACUUAGAAAUUGUCAUAUGGUGAAACCGGGAUUACUGUUUUAUCCGACACAUGUCAAAGACAUAAUGUUGCACAUAAUAUACAUAACCGGUACAGAGGAUGGGACAAACCUGCUCCGUAUGAUUGUCUUGUGAUGUUUGGUUGUAGAAGCCUAGAACCAUGUAAACACUGACACACAGGUUCAUAUUGGAAUGCUAAGAUUGCAGCUGGAUAUAGGCUGAGCCUGUGACACUGCACACACAAGGAUGCAGCUCCACCAUACAGCAUAUUCUAAAGAAUCAAACGCUCAAAGAUGCUGCACUUGAAAGUUCAAUUUCUGGAUGACUCUCAGAAGACCUUUGUUGUGGAUGUAAGUAAAUACAAUAAAAAAAAAUGUGAUUUUGUACAUAGAGCAGGAAUUCUGUGCCAGGGUAUUUAGCUAAUGAAACUACAAUGCUGGUUUUAUUUUAUAUUUUAUGCUUUAUUUCCCUGACACAAAGCAGUAGUAUAAUACAGAUAUAAAUUAUUAGCUAACGAAUGUCAUCAUCUCCUGCUAACCCUUUCAUGUCUGUUUGGAGUGUGUUUAUUAAUAUUUUUUACUUCUGGUAAGUUGUGAGUGCAGUAUUUUAAAUACAAUAUUUCAAAGAUCCUCAUAUUAUUAUUAUUAUUAUUUUGUAUUUUCUUUUUUUUUUUUGCUUAUACUUUGCAGCUGGUUAGGGACUUUAGAGCAUAAUUAUUCAUUGUUUGAUAUUGAUACAUAAUUAAUGAAAUAUUAGGCCAUUAAGAGUGUGUUCUCUACUUAUUUUUAUAUCAAGUAAGUGUUCAGCUUUUGCUAUAUUUAUAUGUGUGUACAUCUCACUAGACUCAUACAGUUAAUAUCUAUCUAACUAUCUCUCUAUAUUGCUCUCUCUCUCUCUGUUGCUAUCUAACUAUCUCUCUAUAUUGCUAUCUAUCUCUUUAUUGCUAUCUAUCUUUCACUCUCUCUCGCUAUCUCUCCAUUUCUAUCUAUCUAUCUCGCUAUCUGUCUAUCUCUAUUUCUCAAUCACUCUCUUGUGAUCUGUCUAUCUAUCUCUCUCUUGCGAUCUAUCUAUAUAUCUUGCUAUCUCUCUCUCUUGCUGUCUAUCUAUCUUUCACUCUUGCUAUCUAUCUCUCUCUCUUGCUGUCUAUCUAUAUAUCUUGCUAUCUCUCUCUCUUGCUGUCUAUCUAUCUUUCACUCUUGCUAUCUAUCUCUCUCUCUUGCUGUCUAUCUAUAUAUCUUGCUAUCUCUCUCUCUCUCGCUGUCUAUCUAUGUAUUUACAUCUCUCGCUAUCUCUCUCUUGCUCUCUCUCUCUCUUGCUAUCUAUCCUGCUUUAUAUCUCUCUCUCUUGCUCUCUCUCUCUUGCCAUCUAUCUAUGUAUCUCUCUCUCUUGCUAUCUAUAUAUAUAUCUAUCUCUUGCGCGCGCUCUCUCUCUCUUGCGCGCGCUCUCUCUCUCUUGCGCGCGCUCUCUCUCUCUUGCGCGCGCUCUCUCUCUUGCUUUCUAUCUCUCUCUCUCUCUCACUAUCUCUCUCUCUCUCUCUCUCUCUUUCUCUCUAUCUAUCUCUCUAUCGAUGCUCAAGCUCCUAGGGUUAAGAAUAGCUAAAACAUGUAUUCAUUAAUGCUUGCGGAUAAAAAUAUAAAUGUUUUUUGGGGGCAUCUAAGGAUUGUGAAGACGUUGUUGCUUACCUCAAUGCUUUUAAUUUGAUUCCCCUGUGGAAAGAGAGUGUAUUUUGAUUUCCUGUUUUAAAGUAGUUGACUGUUAAACCUUAUAUAUUUUGUUUUAAUAAUAUAAUAAUUUAUUUUGUCCAAAAUAGCCUAACGAUAAUCAAUGGACUAUGGUUUAAAUGGUGAUUGAGUAAAAACUCUUCACUGGUUUUCUAGCUAGUAACUAUAUGCAAUAACAUUCUAUGAACCCAUCUAUUUUCUCUUUUAUAUUGUUUAAACUUCUUCCGAUUAAACAAACCUCAGUUGGCACAUGCAUAAUGAUACAUAAAGUAUAUCGGUAGCGUUCAUGGUUCUAUAUUUAAGAUCAGUUAAAUUUCACAUACAGAUACUAAUCAUACAGGUUUUGUAAAAUUUCUACCGUGAACUGGAUUAAUAAAGACGAGUAAAUGUAAAAGCUUUCUUUUAUAUACAUGUUAUUGUAACUAAUGGCUUUGUCAUUUGCUUUAUUCUUCCAGAGAAUGAACAGAUUUUGAACACUCCACUCCAAGGCAUUUGAUCCAUUUCCUGUUAGAAACAUGCAGUAGAUUAAUACGGGAUAAGUCAGUCAGGUCACAAAUGAUUAUAGCUAAGGGGCGCCUACUAAAUACCAGUCAAUCCCCCCCAAAACAUGUAAUAUAUGUGUAAAAGUCCAAUGAGGUUCUUCGUUCUUAAAGGAGCACUCUGACAAUAAAAAAAAAAAAACUUUAUAUUUAUUUUUAACAUUAGAUUAAAAAAUAUAUAUAUAUUUUUAAUUUUUUUUAACUCUAUGUAGACCCCUUUGUGGUUGAGAUAAAAAAGUUACAAAAUGCCAUUCUGCUUUCCUGAAAUCGAGGGCAGGGGCAGCCUCUACACUGGUGCUCUAUCUGCCCGCUGUUAGAUUACCAACAUCGGUGAUUUGGUCCAAUCAGAUGCUUCUCACAUAUAAGCGAUAGAGACCUACAGCAGAUGAACAGCAAUCUCCACAGUUUGCCAAUUAAAUCCAAUGCAAUGACAGCAUUAGCGGCAUUUGCCUUAAACAUACUGAGCAUGAUGCCAAUGAAUGUGAAGACCUUUGCUCCCCCCUCCCCCUCACACACACAGUCACCAAAUGUGCAUGAACAAGGGCAUGUCAUUUUAUUAUGACAGAACACAACUAUUUAUUAAACACAUGCACACACCUUGACACAUACACACACUGACACACAGAUACAUGCAAUGGCCCAUACACACAUACACUCACUGGCACAUGCACACAUACACACACAAUCAGAUACACAUAUUAAGAUACACACUGACACACAGAUACGUAUACUGACACGGAUGCAAACACAGAUAAACACACACAAUCUGACAUACGUAGAUACAUACAUGUUAUAAUUUGUAUAUUUGCAGCCCCACCCCCACCCCCACCCCCCCUGUUAGCUUACAUUUUGUGCCCAGGAGGGUCCUGGUGAUGCUGACUAGUGUGCAUAAGGCUCUGCAGCAGCUCCAGCCUCUCUGUUAGUGUGCAUAAGGCUCUGCAGCAGCUCCAGCCUCUCUUCCCCAUACUGCUUGUGUCCGCUGCCGCCUCCUCUUUCCCUCCCGCACAGUGCUGGGUGGAAAUUAUCGACUUUUACUCCCUCCCAGCCAGCUGAUACUACCGGGGCCCGUCGCUAUCUUAAAGGGCUGUGGCGUCUAACUAGGCCCUUGUUCAUCAGUACCCAUCAGGUGGCCCGCAAAUUAUAUGCAAUAUCUCGGAAAUCACAAACACAAUCUGACAUACAUUGUAUGUCAAACUGCAUUUGUGGGAUUUCCGGGAUAUUGUAUAUAAUUUGUGGACAUCAGGAAGGCACUAAUAAAAUGUGGGAGAUUUGGAACGUCUGGUAUUUUAGACAACACGUAAAUAUUGCUGUUUUUUCGAAACAGAAAUAUUUUACAUUGUUAGGCAAAACGAAUAAAAUGUAUGCACCAAAAACCUACAUUAAGAUGUAGUGAUGUUGGUGCCUAGAACAGGGGUCAGCAAUCUAUGGCACGUGUGCCAUGCAUGGCACUCAAGGCUGCUAGAGCCAAACAGGCUCUGUCCUAUCAGGAUUCCCAGUGAAACUUCAGAUAUCUGCUAAUACGAAAAGGUGGUGAAGGUGGUGGUGCGUUGCAGCACAUGUGAAUGGGAAUCCGCACUCUAGUACAGCAGCCCGCAGCUGCUGUGGGAGCUCCUGUCCUUGACCUGUACCUGGCCAGCCUGGUCCCCAUUGGAACCCAGGGAAGCCACCCACACUGCUAGAUAUACACAGAAAUGCAGAAUAACCCUCCCCUCACACAAAUAAUACGAACAGCCCACACAAACAUACACACAAUCCCCACAAACUCAACACCACUAACAAUCCACAUUCAUGCACACAACCCCACAUGCAGCCUCUCACAUGCAAUACCCCAGACAGCCCCCACACAUACACACACUACCAAACAGCCCCUCACAUACACACACUACAUCCACACACACAAUUUCACAUGCAGCCCCCAUACACAGCCCAGAUUCAUAGGUAUCAUACACGAUACCUCAAACUACUUGUGAACAUAUACAAUCUAAUAGCUCAUAUACGCACAAAUACAAUGAUACAAAGCAACUGCAGUAUAAAUAACACAAGCAGAAUACGGCAACAUGCACACCUCAAUUUAAAAAAAUAAAACUGGCAUGUUACUGGACAUCACAAUCUUAUUUCGGCACAGUGCUGCUAAAGGGUUGCCCUCCCCUGGCCUAGAACAUCCCUUUAAUUUGUUCUGCAAUGUAAAAUGUGUGAUAUAUGAUGUUUUUAAAUCCUGGCCUGCAAAUUGAGUGACCUCCAACAAUGCUUUAAAAAUUGUAUUUCGUGAUAGUUGCCAUUUUUGCAAAGCAGUGACACUAACUUCAGGGAAGCAUUGUGACAAAUAUGGUCUGGCCUGCCUGAGAUUGAGAGUUACACUCCAGAGCAGCAGUUGCCAUCAUUAAUUCAGUGCCCACCAUAUUACUGAUAUGCCAGGAAUGGAGUUGGGGAGACAGAGACAGUGAUAUUCUCUCCCCCCAGCUUCUCUCCAUGCAUUUAACCAAAUGGAAAGUCUGAUUUAAAGAAAGCAGCUGCUGACCAAGAAAGUAACUUUUUAAAUAUCUCAGACAAACUACGACAUGUGUAUCGCAUUGCUGCCCUAAGAUUAAAAAAAACCUAGCCCUAAGCUUAACACAAAAAAAACAAACAUCAUGUAUUGUAAUAUAUACAUAAGGCUAAUCACAGAAUUGGAAAAAUAUAAAAGGUAUUGGAGGACAAAACAAAAAUACAAACAAAAACAUUUACAGUUCAACGUACUGAAUAUAACAAUGUGUGAAAAUCUGGAAUUAAGAUCACUCACAACAGAGCCUUAUGAGCAUAGCAAUUAGUAUGGGAGGUCUUACAAGAACCAAAUUAUGCCACGCAGGGCCGGCCUUAGGGGUGUGCGAGCUGUGCGGCCGCACAGGGCGCCAUGCCAACAGGGGCGCCAGGCAACCAACACAGCUCGCACAACCAGGUCCUGCCCUACCUCAGAGCGCCCUGGUGGGUGAAAGAUUGCGCCCCAGCAGACCCUUACAGAGUGUGCUCUGCUUUGGUAUUGGCUGGUGAGUAGAUUGAGGACCUCCCUCACUGGCCCGCUGUUUGGAUGAUGGGAGCGAGCAUUGAGCGCUUUAAAUCUGCUCUCCUCUCGCGAGCUUGGCAUUCAGAGUGUUGCCGUGGCAACGCUCUCAUACUAUCAACGCAGAGCUCGCAAGAGGAGGGCUCCUGUUCUGCAAGGACUGGCAGAGACCGCUGGACCACCAGGUCAUCAGUAUUCCCCCAUCCCUGCCCAAAGGUAUGCAAGAGGGAGGGGGGCAGAAGGGGGGAAUCAACAUUAAUUAAUUUUAAGAAAACAAAACCUGAAAUUGCUCUCCCAUCUCCUCAUUUAAAGCCUUAUGUCACCCCCUCCUACCCACAAAUCAUCACUAUCCCACCCUUACUGUGUUACCUACACACACUCCAUAACACACACACACAUACACACACUACAUAAUCUACUCACGCACACACACUACAUAAUCUACUCACACACAACAUCCCCUAUACACACACUACAUAAUCUACUCACACACACACGCGCACUACAUAAUCUACUCACAUACGCACUAUAUAAUCCACACACACACGCACGCCACAUAAUCUACUCACACACUACAUAAUCUACUCACACACUACAUAAUCUACUCACACAGAACGCUCCCUAUAAACACACUUUGUUCUCUACACACAUACACACUAGAUAUCUCACAAACACUACAAAACGUACAGACACACUAUGCUCCCUAUAUAUACACACUACAUAACUUGCACCCAUACACACUACAUUCCCUAUACACACACACUAUGUUCCCUAAACACAUACACACUACAUCCCCUUUACACACACACACACUAUGUUCCCUAAACACAUACACACUAUAUACCCUAUGCACACACUGUUUCCUACACACACACACACGCUACAUCCCUAUCCCACACCACACUGUUUUCCCUACACACACUGCAUCCCUAUUCCACACACAACAUAAUGGCAUGGCAAUUUCAGGGAGUCAGGACACUCUUGUUAGAAAUGUGUUUUUACUCCUAAUGCUUGAGUAUGCCUUCACAUAGGUUUGUUUUUCCCAAAUCUAUACACGUGGGAGGAAUUCUUCUAGCCCAUAUAUAUAUAUAUAAUUUUCUGCUCAUGAUUUCUAAGAGUAAUAUUUAAAUAUACAUGUAUAUUAAUAUGGGUGUAUUAUUAUUAUUAUUAUUAUUAUUAUUAUUAUUAUAUGUGUUAUUACACCUAUAAUAUUUACAAAUGUAUUAAUAUACGUGUAUAUGCAUGAUAUGCCCAGAAAUCACGUUAAUACGUAACACCUAUGUAAUAGAGGCUUAGCACUUUUUACAAGAUGGACGAGGGCAUGUGACCAUGGAGGGGCGCUGUGAAUAUUUUUCGCACAGGGCGCCUAAAGGCCUAAGGCCGGCCCUGAUGCCACGCCAAGAGUCCAUAAAUCUGUCACUGCUGGUAUUAUUUGGUCAGAUAUACAUAUUAACAUCAAAACUCUAACAAAAUUUAUGUAUAUUUUCACAUCAGAUUUUUUUAUAACUUUGCUUUUAGUAUUAAUAGGUCAGGUGUACAUUUUAACAUCAAAACUAUAAUAUUAUAGGAAAAUUUACAUAUAUUUUCAGAUCAUGUUUUUAUAACUUUGCUUUUAGUGAGUUAAGCUUUUUCUUUACAAAAUUGCACGUUAUGCAGGCUAUAUUAAUAACUACUAUUUUAACACCUUUUACAGUAUUGACCUUUAAACCUAUAUUUAAAAGAAAAUGUGUGGUUUUUUUUUUUUUAAUGUUAUAUAAUUUGACCAAUGAAAAAACGGCAUACCCACCAGUUCACAGAACUCCCUCACAUAAGCCAGGCUCCUACUGUAUUGCUGCCAAAAUAUAUAGUUACCAAAUUCCGACCACCCAGUUUUUGUUAGAAUUAAAAAUAUCAUUUCUUUGAAAAGUUUAAUUAAACAGCUGUUUUAAUAGCAUUGAAUUAAACAGCAGUUUCAGAUACACAUUAUUGCUACCCUAUUCAUGGAUUGCAAAAAAAAAACUUAUUUUAUUUACAUUUCCAAAAAAUACAGGGGCACAUACACAGAAACACACACGUAGAUGUCCACGGACAUAUGUACACACAGAUACACUCCAAGAGGUAAACACACAGUGACUGACAUGCAGGGGCGUACCUAUUUUUGGCACCCCCCCCACACACACACACUUUAAAAUGUAAAAAACAAGCACAAUGUUUUUAAAUGUAUUUAGCACUGAGCAGUGUUUGUGUGUUUGAAUGUUAGCAUGUUUUUGUAUGGAGUAUGUUUGAGUGAAUGUAGGGGUGUGUUUGUAUGUAGUGUUGGCCUUUGAAUUCAAGCAUUCAUUUGUGUGUAGUGUGGUUGUAUACAGUCUACUGAUACUAUUAUGAGUGGGUGAUCAGAAAACAUGAAAAUACAUUUGGCUAAACCAUUUAAUUAUGGUGUGUGUAUAUAUAUAUAAAGAAAAGCUUGAUUGUUGGGAGGUAAAAACUCUCAUAUGACUUGAAAAAUAUUCACUGAUCUUCAUUGUUGGUGAAUCAACAAAUAGUAUCAAUAAUUAUUCUCUAAAGAGGUACAUUGCAUAAUAAUUCGCUGGGUGCAGAAGAUCUGAGCUCUGAAGAUCUGAGUUUUUUUUCUCAAUAUUUUUUUUUUUUUGUAAUGCAAUGCCAAUAACACAAACAGGUAUAGACUUGCCAUCGUAAAACAUUAAAGAAGUGUCUGAGAAAAUUUGAGAUACAUGUCAAGAUUACUGCACUAGUUUUAAGUUCUAUAAUGCUUCUCAAUAAAAAUGCGUUUUCAAUAGAAGCCUUACUGAGUUUUUGACUACUGACCCCUCUGUAACAGAUACAAGAUAGAUUUUUGAGAUGUUAUUCUAUUGGCCUUCAGGGAUGCUAUUUAUACGGUAUAUAAGUUUAUAUUGUUUCCAGGGAUAGCCAGCCUUGGGAACAAGCAUCACUAACUCAGGAGCAAUGCAACAACAUCUAAAGGGGAUGUUAAAAAGUCCAACCUAGUGACUUUGCUUGUCUACCUUCAGAAUGUUUUAUGAAUAAAUGCCAAAAUGGUGACCUCACUAGAAGGACUGUCCUCCUUUUCAUUUUCCAUGACUACAGCUUUAUCCUAUCACGCGUACAGAAAUUAGCUUUUAUUUUACAUUGUCGUCAUUAGUUACCUCAGUGUCUGGUCACAAAAUGGCUACAUCUUUAUUUCCCUCUAACAAUAACACUUUACAUGAAACAAUAUACCUCAAUUUUAUAGUUUUAGUGGAGCUCAAGACAUCCCGAGUUAAAUUUUAUUUGCUAAUAUCUUCGAACUGUUUUUAAAAGAUAUUCACUGAACUAAGCAAAUUAAACAUGCUGGUGGAGAACAGGCUUAUAAUUGGUUUAAUUGCACAAUGUCUCCUAAUUUAGACAGGGAUUGGGAGAAUGUUCAGAACAGGCUGUUAUUAGAUUGUCACUAGAGCAUAGGCAGAGGACAAAACCAUAGUAAUUUUCCUCAACAGCACUUGAUUUCAUGAAGGUUCUUAUGCUCAUCACAUCAACAUAUGUUAAAGCUUUCAGCUCUUAGACAGCCAUAGCUUUGCUUCUUGUCCCAAGGGAUAACAGAAUUAAAGCAUUCAUUCAACUCUAUGCAAAUGUGAGACUAAUUCUGUUACCAGAUCUACUCAUCAUUAGCAUUAAGAACAUUUUCUUUUACUUUCUUUUCUUUUUUUCUCUCUCUCUCUCCUUGUGGACUGUCUGUCAAUAAAUGUUAGGUUGGCGUUGCCACGAAAUCUGGUUAGAAAAUUAUAUCAUGAGAAAAUGACAGACUGCAAUUUAUGUGAAACUGCCAUGAAAAUAAACUGUAUAUAAGACAUCAUAUCAGAUUCCUAUUUCAGGUUCCAUCCUUGAUACAUUGUAAUAGCAGAAAACCACAGGUAGAACCAGCGGUGAAGCAAUUAAAGAGACAGUAAAAAACAAAGAGUUAAUGUGCUUGUUUAAGUGGCCAUAUGCAAGUGAGAUAUUUCAGUGGUUGGAGCCCCUGAAAUACUGUAGCUGGUACAGUAUUUCCAGCACCUGUUUAUACUGCAAUGUUAAAAUCAAUAAGACUUUAAAAAAAAUAAGAAAAAUUGUUUUGUUUAAUCCUUAAUUUAUUCCACCCAGCACUUAUUCAGUGUAUACCUAUUGUUUAUCUUGUUACAAACGUCCAUAGUGUUUUUGGGAAACCUACCAGUGGCCCUGAAGAGGUAGCCAUUUUGUGAUCAGACACUUUAGUAAUUAAUAUCGAUGACAAUGUAUAAUAGACAAUGUACUAUAUCUAUAGGACACUUGCACUAAAAUAUUUCCUGAGUACUAAGUGCUGCUUCACCCAUGUUACCUCCCAAAGUCACCUGGGCUAAAUGCAGAUCUAAGGAAUAGUGUACUGUGAAAAUUAAACUCCCUUCCUAAAACACUUACCACCACAGUGUCUGACCACAAAAUGGCUGCCUCUCCAGGGCCACUGGUUGGUUUUCCAAAAUAUUAUGGACUUUUGUCCAAAUGUGGGGUGGGGGGAAAUUGAGCGACUACCGUAUAUGUGGGUUUAUAAGGCACAACUCCUUUAAGUUACUAUAAAUGCGUCUGUUGGGGUAGCAUUAUUGGAUUGCCAUGAACUUCAAAUUCCAGGGUUCACAGUAAAUGCAGAUGGUAAAGAUGGUCACACUAUUGUUGCAACAGGUGAAAUUUGUGUGGUUACUUCAGCAUCCAAUGCAGAACACAAAGUGAUUCUUUUUGACAAAUAUGUAUGCAAGUUAUGCAAUGUAGAAAUAGAUUAUAAUUAUGUAUAUUUUCACUUAUGAACUAUCUUGGUUGUUAUUGUUGGGGGAUUUGUAUAGAUUUCAACCCUUCCCUUUGUGUACACUAUAAAAUGAAAAUGUUACGUGUAACGCUGAUGUUUGAUUUCCUAAUUACUUUGGUAGCAAAAAGCUCUUGGAAAGGAACUGUUUAACAUGAGCUGCAGCCAUCUAAACCUAACAGAGAAAGAAUACUUUGGUUUGGAAUUCAGAAAUCACUUAGGAUUCCAAGUAAGUGAAUGUCUCUGUUAUAGCUAAAGGGCAAAUGAAGAAUGCUUUGCUGCUUUUCAAUGUCAAUGUGACUUAAAAGGGAAUUCACCAUGAUUUUUACAUUUUAUUGAACUUUAACUCAAGCCUUAUGUAUAAAACUGUUUUAUAUUGAUGUAUAUGUUAGUUGUUACUGGUUUUCUUUGCAUACAGCUAUUAUUAGUAAUUAUAAAUCGAUUUAGAUUAUGGGUUCAUCGUCAUGUGUGCUGAAUAAAAGCUCUAAAUGAUCUUUAGUUAACUUCCUUAUAUUCUUGGAGAUUCAAUGCAAAAAUUACAUUUUUUUUUUUUUAAUAUUAUAUUAACUUAUCCCCAUUUAAUUAGCAUAUUGUGAAAAAUAAAGUUAACAGGGCUAUUUAGUAAUGUGAGAAUUCCAACUGAAUUUAAAAUUUGAGGCUAGAGUAGCCAAACUAAAUGCAUAGCUGAUUUGGAGAAUAUUUUGACCUUAAAUUCUAAAUUCCAUUUGAAUUCACUUUGAAUUCUCAAUUUAGUAAAUAACCCUGUAAAUCCAGAAAUUCAUACUUCUCUAUCCUCUAACUAGGCACUCUGUCCUGAAUUUUUAAUAUACACUUUAGCUUAAUAAUUUAUUUCUUUAUUAUUGCCCUUUAUAUAGCGCCAACAGAUUUUGUAGUGCUUUACAAUAUUAUGAGAGGAGAAUUUAACUAUAAAUAGGACAAUUACAAGAAAACUUACAGGAAUGAUAGGUUGAAGAGGACCCUGCUCAAACGAGCUUACAGUAUAUAGGAGGUGGGGUAUAAAACACAUGAGGACAGGAAACCGCAAUCAAAUAAGGUGGGAGUGAAGCAGAGCUGGAGGAGAGAGUAGAGUGCUGCCCUUUAGGAGAGAGCAAGAGACAGGUAUGUGAGGUAGAGGUUACUCUGGGAGGCCAUGAGCUUUCCUAAAGAGAUGGGUUUUAAGGCACUUCUUAAACGAUUGAAGACUAGGGCAGAGUCUGAUGGCGGUAGCAGGCUAUUCCAUAGGAAGGUGCCUGCGAGAAGUCCUGCAAGUGUGAGUUGGCCAUACAGGUGUGAGCAGCUGACAGGAGAAGGUCACGGGCAGAGCGGAGAGACCGAGAAGGAGCAUACCUAUAGAUCAGUGAUGAAAUAUAGGAGAGGCUAGAAUUGUUCAAUGCUUUAUAGGUAUGGGUUAGUACUUUGAAUUAACUCCUAUAAGAUACAGGAAGUCAAUAUAAGGACUGGCAGAGGGGUGAGGUGUGAGAGGACCGACUAGAGAGGAAAAUCAGUCUGGCGGCAGCUUUCAUUAUAGACUGUAGCGGGGCAAUCCGGCUUUUGGGAAGACCAAUUAGGAGAGAGUUACAAUAAUCCAUGCAGGAAAUUACUAGAGCAUGGACAAGCUCCUUAGUAGCUUCUUGCCUAAGAAAGGGGCAGAUGCAGGCUAUGUUUUUAAGAUGGAAUCUACAGGAUUUGGCAACAUGCAUUCAGUAGCCGGGGAGAAAGUUUGAAGGGUAGGAAAGGCAUGAUCUACGUGUGGUUGAGAGAGAACGGCAAGGAAGGGAGAAUUCUUUCCUUAGCUGUUCAAUCUUGUCAGUAAAGUAGCAUGCAACGCUAUCGGCUGUAAGGUUAGUUUGAGGGGUGGCCACAGCAGGGCGAAGAGAGUCGAAGGUGUCAAAGAAACGCCUGGGAUUGCAGGAAUUAUGACUGUUUGACGAGGGCAAGGGCUGUGCUGUAUGAGCACAAUAUGAAUCUAUAAUGGAGAAUCUAUAAUAGCAAGGUACCAUUUAAUUUAAUGCAUAAAAAUUGCCGAUUAUUUUGGCCUUGGCGACAGUAUAAUCAUAAUUUUAAUAAAGAUAGGAGGUGAAUAUUUGCUUAACCACUUCAAUGUCAAAAAUAUGACCAAUCAGAGAGAGGCACAGGUUAUAUAACUUAUGCAGCAAUUCCAAAAGUCUUCUUUCUUUGAUGCAGCAAGCAAAUUCUAAAGGUAGUAAUGCAUACAUCAAUGUGCCUGUCCAGUUCCUUGAAAGGUUCGCAUUACUUGUUUCACAGUGUUCAAUAUGUCGAUGGUCAUGGAUUUCUUGUAUCUACCUGUUGGUGCAGUGGUGUGUUGUAAAAGGAAGGGAGCAGCUUUAAAGGGAGGAGGGUUGUCAGAAAACAACUUCAGAAUAUCACUAAUUGCUUUCCAAAAGGGUCAUAUUGGGGCAUUCCCACCAGAUGUCUAGAAAUGUACCUAUGGCAGUAUGACAAUGGCAAGAAUUGCCUUCAAGGCUGGGUUGACACUGUGGAGAAAGUGCGGUGUUCUAUACCGCAGUGACAAAACUUUAGAAGCUGUUUCUUGUGUUUUGCUGGCCGAUGUGCAAGGGUGAACCAAGUCACAAAUCUUAUCCCACUAUUCCGUAAGUACCUCCCCUAUGGCUGUUUCCCAAUUGCCCUUUUAUUAAAGGUGACAGGAGAUUUCCAUUUUGUUGGAGCAGUGCGUAUGAGUUGGAAAUGGCAUGUAGCUGAGGUUCUGGGUCGUCACAUAGAAAUUCAAAUGGGGUUAAAGUUCUACACAAGUCUGGUCAUUGGGGUAUGUGGUCUACGAAUCAUUUCAACUAUUCAUAUUUCAGCCUGUGUAGGAAUAUGUCCGGGAAGCCAUCCAGUAAAGGUUGGAUCAUGUAAAUGUUGGAUCCUAUCCCCUAGCAUCGGGUGGUGAACUUGAAUGAAAGUCUGCUGAGGAAACCUUUGAAUGCUCCCCUCUCCAUCCCAGGGCAAGUUUAGGGUUGUCUGCAUUAAAGGGUAAAAGAGAGAAGGAAAUGAAGAAAGGCCCAUCUUUGGUGCAAUCCUAUGCCAUAUGUCUAGAGUAGCCUUGAUAAAGGGUUGAAGUUGUGAAAGUUUCCUGCUCUCUGUUAGAGUCAUCCAUGUUAGAGCUGUCAAAGAGCUGCCUGUCCAAAUCUUUUCAAUCUCCUUCCACAAUUAGUUGUGUCCCAUCUUAACCCACCCCAACACCCGUAAGUGGAAAGAGCAAUAAUAUGAGUAAAAGUCGGGAAUAGCAAACGCCCCUCAACCUUUGAUUUCAUUAGUAGGAGAUAUUUGGUUAUAUUUAGGUGUAGUAAAGAAAGGGUUAAGCAAAUAUGAAGUUUCUUCUCUUGAAAUAAAAUUAAUACUUAAAAUGGCACAUGAACUUAUACUGUGAAAAUAUGAUAUAUAUUUUUUUCUUUUAAUACAAAUCCCUUAAUCUCAAUGAAGCAGCACAUCACUGAGAAAAUGUGUACUCUCUGACAAUGCCAGCACUAACAAAGUAUUAAGUGUUAAACAAGGGGGUGGUAAUAAAAGAUACAGUUUUACAGCUUAGAAAAUGUGUUUGAAAUUUUAAUAAACGCAAUUUUUGCAAGAAUUUUUUUUUUUGCAAUAAUAUUAUUUUUACACAUAUAGAUUUUCUUUAAUGCUGUACACUGAAGGCUAAGAACAUAAAAAGUGAAAAGGUUAUAGUUUUAAAAAUAAUACAUUUAGAAAGAGACAAGAAAUAUAUAGACCUAUUUGACUAUUCUUCAAUAUCUUUGCAGAUGUGGCUGGGACUUUUGAAACCAAUCACGAAACAAGUGAAAAGUAAGUUGCAGCAAGAAAUAAUUUGGGUUCUAUUAACUAAACUACAACUUAUGUUAACCUGAGAACCUUCAUGGAAAAUCUGAGUCAAACAGCUGAAUUGGAAAUAGUGUUUUAACUUGCCUAAUAUAGGCUAUGUAUAUAACUAUGUUUUGCUGGUCGAUUCUCCUAUCCGUGCAACCAUUUUCUCUACAUUACAGUUAAAGGGACACUCCAGAUCCCUAAAGCGCUUUACUUUACUGAAAAGCUAUAAGACUGUAUCUUCUUUUUUCAUUUUGCAAAAAGUGCAUAUUUCAAUAGAAUAGUAUACAUGUAUACAGCAUCUUGGCUUUUAAGGAGACAACAGGUCUUAUAACUUCCUGGUUGCUUAGCUCAGUGGAGCUAAACCCAAGAGUCAGCAAUUGCUCAGCGCACCUGACUUCCAAAGACUUCAUUGAACUACAUUGGGAGGUCUGUGAUUGGACAGCCACAGAAAGCCUGGGAGGGGUUAGAAGGGGAGGGUUUGUUCGGGAUGCAGAUGAGAGAUCUCUUUUAGAUAGAUCAUGUUUUCAUUGAGGUAUAUCUUCUAAACAGAGAUUUAUUUAUUUUUGUUUUAUUUUUUUAAUUUUGUAUUUUGGCAGUGUAGUGGUUUUUUAAUGCAAACCUAACAAAUCAGUUUUUACUAUAGUGUUUUACAACAUGCAAACAUCUGCCCAAUACCAAAGUUCACACUUUUUCCUAUGUAUAACUAAAUACUUAGUUGAAUUUACAGACAAAAAGAAACAAGGAAAAAAUAAAUGGAUACAUUAAAAGAUUAAUUUAAAAGCACAGCGACAAUGUUGCUUUAAGGCUGAUGAUGUUUUAUUUAUUGAAAAUAAGUAUCACAUAAGCUAAAAAUAUGUUCCCUAGUUGCUAAUUCUAAAUAUACUACAAUCUGGCAGUAAAAUCUUAACGAUCUUGGGAAAAAAUAAUUUUAGAUAUUGUCCAGACUUUGUCCAAGAUCAUGCCCAGCAAAGCAGGAAUAAUAAGAAAAAGUAUUCCAUACUUUGUCUUAUUUUUUUUUAAUUAGAAUUAGUUGAAUUUUUUUAAAAAGAAAGACAGAUUAGGAAAAAGGAAGAGAAAGCAGCUGGGGGAAAGGUAAGUAUGACGUGACAGUAAGAUGAAGUGCUCUGGGUGCCUAUAGAGUCCCUUUAAACCACUGAGUGGGAUGACUUACUAGUGAUGCACCGAACGGUUCGUUGGCGAACAUAUGCGCAGUUCGAUCCGCCCCCUAUUCGUCAGCAGACACAUUCCAGCCAAUUAGCAGCACACCCUCCCUAGCAGACCCUCCCACCUACUGGACAGCAUCCAUUUUAGAUUCAUUCUCAAGCUGCAUGCUUAGUGAGAGGAGGGAAAGUGUAGCUGCUAUUGAUUUGAUAGGGAAAUGGAUAGCUAGGUUAGUGUAUACAGUGUCCACUACAGUCCUGAAGGACUCAUCUGAUCUCUGCGGUAAGGACAGCACCCCAAAAAGCCCUUUUUAGGGCUAUAACAUCAGUCAGCUUUUUUUGUGUGUAAUGUAAUUGCAGUUGCCUGCCUGCCUGCCAGCUUCUGUGUCAGGCUCACAGUGGAUACUGUGCCCACUUGCCCAGUGCCACCACUCACUCACUGGUGUCACAAUAGCUUGCAUUUAAAAAAAAAACUUUUUUCACUGUAAUAGAUUGAAUAGCAGUUAGUUGUCUGCAAGCGUCUGUGUCAGGCUCGCAGCGUAUACUGUGCCCACUUGCCCAGUGCCACCACUCACUCACUGGUGUCACAAUAGCGUGCAUUUAAAAACCAAACACUUUUUUCACUGUUAUAGAUUGAAUAGCAGUUAGUUGUCUGCAAGCGUCUGUUGUCAGGCUCACAGCGUAUACUGUGCCCAUUUGCCCAGUGCCACCACUCACUCACUGGUGUCACAAUAGCGUGCAUUUAAAAACCCCAAAACUUUUUUCACUGUUAUAGAUUGAAUAGCAGUUAGUUGUCUCCAAGCGUCUGUGUGUCAGUCUCGCAACGUAUACUGUGCCCACUUGCCCAGUGCCACCACUCACUCACUGGUGUCACAAUAGCUUGCAUUUAAAAAAAAAAACUUUUUUCACUGUUAUAGAUUGAAUAGCAGUUAGUUGUCUGCAAGCGUCUGUGUGUCAGGCUCGCAACGUAUACUGUGCCCACUUGCCCAGUGCCACCACUCACUCACUGGUGUCACAAUAGCUUGCAUUUAAAAAAAAAAUUUUUUCACUGUAAUAGAUUGAAUAGCAGUUAGUUGUCUGCAAGCGUCUGUGUGUCAGGCUCGCAGCGUAUACUGUGCCCACUUGCCCAGUGCCACCACUCACUCACUGGUGUCACAAUAGCGUGCAUUUAAAAAAAAAAAUUUUUCACUGUUAUAGAUUGAAUAGCAGUUAGUUGUCUGCAAGCGUCUGUGUGUCAGGCUCGCACUGUUGCCCAGUGCCACCACUCACUCACUGGUGUCACAAUAGCCAUUUAAAAAAAAACUUUUUUCACUGUUAUAGAUUGAAUAGCAGUUAGUUGUCUCAAAGCGGGUGUGUCAGCCCUACAGCGUGUACUCUGCCAGUUCACACCACUCAUAUCUGGUGUCACAAAAGCUUGCAUUUAAAAACAAAAAACUUUUUUCACUGUUAUAGAUUGAAUAGCAGUUAGUUGUCUUCAAGCGCGUGUGUCAGGCCUCGCAGCGUAUACUGUGCCCACUUGCCCAGUGCCACCACUCACUCACUGGUGUCACAAUAGCGUGCAUUUAAAAACCCAAAACUUUUUUCACUGUUAUAGAUUGAAUAGCAGUUAGUUGUCUCCAAGCGGCUGUGUGUCAGGCUCAGUGGGAUACUGUGCCCAUGUGCCACCACUCACUCACUGGUGUCACAAUAGCGUGCAUUUAAAACCAAAAACUUUUUACUGUUAUUAGAUUGAAUAGCAGUUAGUUGUCUGCAAGCGUCUGUGUGUCAGGCUUGCACAGUGGAUACUGUGCCCACUUGCCCAGUGCCACCACUCACUCACUGGUGUCACAAUAGCUUGCAUUUAAAAAAAAAAUGUUUUCACUGUAAUAGAUUGAAUAGCAGUUAGUUGUCUGCAAGCGUCUGUGUGUCAGGCUCGCAGCGUAUACUGUGCCCACUUGCCCAGUGCCACCACUCACUCACUGGUGUCACAAUAGCGUGCAUUUAAAAACCCAAAAACUUUUUUCACUGUUAUACAUUGAAUAGCAGUUAGUUGUCUCAAAGCGGGUGUGUCAGCCCUACAGCGUGUACUCUGCCAGUUCACAGUGCCACUCAUAUCUGGUGUCACAAAAGCUUGCAUUUAAAAACAAAAAACUUUUUUCACUGUUAUAGAUUGAAUAGCAGUUAGUUGUCUUCAAGCGCGUGUGUCAGGCCUACAUGGAAUGCGUGGCUCUGCAGAGGAGUUGGUGACACCGCCACGACUUGCAGGCAGGCCUGCUGCCACCUCCUCUACUCCUCCUACUCCAUCCUCUUCCAUUAAACUGAUAGGAAUAAUACUACUUAACACACCUUAUAAUAACGCAGAGAGAGGCAACGCAGAGAGAGGAGUCUGAAGAAGAGGAGUCAGAGGAGGAAGGUGGCUUUGAGGAGGUGGAAGACCAAACACAGCAGGCGUCCCAGGGGGCUUGUUGUCACCUUUCGGGGACCCUUGGUGUUGUACGUGGCUGGGUGGAGGAAGAGACCUUCAAUGACAUCAGUGAGGACAAGGAACGGGACAUGGCUAGCUUGGUAUCCAACCUUGUGCAAAUGGGGAGUUUGCGGUUGUGCAAAUGGACUGUUUGCUGUUGUUUGCGGUGUGUUAAAUGGGGAGUUUGGUCUGUCACUGUGAAGCGGGCGUAACCCUUACACUACCUGAUCGAUACAACAUCAUACAGUAGGUCCCCUCAUUAUUUUUAUGGCCCCCACCCACCGCUCACGGGUGGGGGCGGGCGGGAGGACAGUAGGUCCCCCCCCAUUGAUUUAUGGCCCCCACCCACCGCAGGGGUGGGGGCCGGGGAGGACAGUAGGUCCCCCCUUAUCCUUAUUUACUGAAUAUUCCCUGUAUAACAAUGUUUGGCAUUUAGUGAAUAUUCCCUAUUCUGCUCUGUGUCAGUGUGUAUCAGGGAUCCUUAGGAUAGGUGUCAAUCCAUAUCUGCCAAGUGACCCUAUGUAGGGGGAACAGUCCCUAUUCUGCUCUGUGUCAGUGUGUAUCAGGGAUCCUGAGGAUAGGUGUCAAUCCAUAUCUGCCAAGUGACCCUAUGUAGGGGCAACAGUCCCUAUUCUGCUCUGUGUCAGUGUGUAUCAGGGAUCCUGAGGAUAGGUGUCAAUCCAUACCUGCCAAGUGACCCUAUGUAGGAACAGUCCCUAUUCUGCUCUGUGUCAGUGUGUAUCAGGGAUCCUUAGGAUAGGUGUCAAUCCAUAUCUGCCAAGUGACCCUAUGUAGGGGGAACAGUCCCUAUUCUGCUCUGUCAGUGUGUAUCAGGGAUCCUGAGGAUAGGUGUCAAUCCAUAUCUGCCAAGUGACCCUAUGUAGGGGGAAUAGUCCCUAUUCUGCUCUGUGUCAGUGUGUAUCAGGGAUCCUUAGGAUAGGUGUCAAUCCAUAUCUGCUAAGUGACCCUAUGUAGGGGGAACAGUCUCUAUUCUGCUCUGUGUCAGUGUGUAUCAUGAUCUCUGAGGACAGGUGUCAAUCCAUAUCUGCCAAGUGACCCUAUGUAGUAGAACAGUCUCUAUUCUGCUCUGUGUCAGUGUGUAUCAUGGUCUCUGAGGACAGGUGUCAAUCCAUAUCUGCCAAGUGACCCUAUGUAGGAGGAACAGUCUCUAUUCUGCUCUGUGUCCGUGUGUAAAAUAGUCUCUGAGGACAGGUGGAAUCCAUAUGUCAAGGUGUCAAUAUGUCAUAUGUCAGGUGUCAACUACAUCCAUUGUGAUUUCAGAAUGUUAGGUGAUUUCUGCCCUUAUGGACAAGACCAGACUCUGCACUCAACUGUAAUUUUCCAAGGAGUUUUGCCAUGGAUCCCCCUCCGGCAUGCCACAGUCCAGGUGUUAGUCCCCUUGAAACAACUUUUCCAUCACUAUUGUGGCCAGAAAGAGUCCCUGUGUGUUUUAAAAUUCGCCUGCCCAUUGAAAUCUAUGGCGGUUCGCCCGGUUUGCGAACAUUUGCGGUAGUUCGCGUUCGCCGUUUGCGACAUCACUAUGACUUACCAUGCAAUCACAUAACGCUUCAGACUGAGCCAUUGGAAUACUUGCUUCCAUAGCAGCAUAUGCCUCUCACUGUGACGUUCAGCGACUGUUAUGCACUGAACACCAGAGGCGGCUCUCUAAUUAGGUUAUUUAGGUGGCUGCCUAAAUAGCCUUAGGGCAGAAUGACUUGUCGGGCUCUCGGUCCAUGACCAAGGGCCUGACAUCGGGAGGAGGCCCAGCAGCUUGCCCUUUAUGCUGCCAAGUGCAAGGCCCCUCCCAUCUGCCCAUAGAGCCGCCGGGUGUGAGCUGCAGACUGAAGUGUCUCGCGAUCCCCAGCCAAUCAGAGCGCUGCCGCGGGUUACCACAGCAAUGCUCUGACCUCUGGAGAUCGCAAGACUCCUAUCACGUGGUCUGCAGCGGCGGAGCCCAUUGGACCACUAGUGAGUCAGGACAUUGGACCACCAGGGAAAAAAAGGUAUUUCUCUCGCCACAUAUCACCCCUCCUUCCCUAAAUGUCAUCUGUCACCCCUACUAUCCUUACUGCCACCUGUCACCCCCUACUCCCCUCAAUGCAAUCUGUCACCUCCUACUAUCCUCACUGCAACCUGUCACACCCUCCUUCCCUAACUGCCACCCAUUACUCCCCUCAAUGCCACCAGUCACCCCCUACUAUCCUCAAUGCCACCAGUCACCCCCUACUCCCCUCAAUGCCAUCUGUCACCUCCUACUACCUUCACUGCCACCUGUCACCCCCUACUCCUCUCACUGCCACCUCGUACUCCCCUCACUGCCAUCUGUCACCGUUUACUUCCCUCACUGCCACCUGUCACCCCCUACUCACCUCAAUGUCAUCUUUCACCCCCUACUAUCCUCACUGCCACCUGUCAUCCCCACCUUCCCUAAUUGCCACCCUACUCCCCUCACUGCCAGCUGUCACCUUUUACUUCCCUCACUGCAACCUGUCACCCCCUACUACCCUCACUGCCAUCUGUAACCCCCUCUGUCCCUAACACAGCCCCCAUGUCAUCCCCUCCUUCCCCAACACUACCACCAGUCAACCCCUCCUUUCUUCACUGCCACCUGUCACCCUCUACUCCCCUCACUGCCACGUGACCUGUCACCCCCUACUCCCCUCACUGCCACCUUUCAUCCCACUGCCAUCUGUCACCCUCUCCUUCCCUAACACUGCCCCAUGGCCAUCUGUCACUCUUUUCCACACUCUGUCACAUACUCUGCCACCCCCCUUCACACACCCGCUCACCAUCCUCCCACACACACGGUCACACCCUUAACUCUGCCACACUCACAUUAACCCUCCUGAUCAUGUCACACUCACCCCCUCCAACCAGACCGCACUCGCCUCCCCUUGCUCUGCCACACUCACUCUAUCACAUUAACCCCCUAGUUCUAUCAUGCUCACAACUCCUCUUUCUGUCACACUCCCUCUUCCAACCGACACUUACACUGUCGCAUUAACACCUUUAAUCCUAUCGCACUCACCCUGUCAAUUAACCCCCUUAAACCUGUCUCAUUCACCUCCCCUUUCCCUAUCACACUACAUCCUCCAACAAUGCCACAUACACCCCAACCCUGUGAUACUCGCCUCCCCAACCAUGCCAUAUUCACCCUGUCACAUUAACAAUUUAAUCCUGUCACACCUCCCCUCACCCUGUAACACCCCCUCCUCCAACUAUGUCACACUUGCCCUCCCUCAUUUUGUCCCACUAACCCCUCAACCCUGUCUCAUUCACCCAUUCGCCCUGUCACACUCACCCUGCCACAGUUACUCCUUUACACACCCUGUCAGUCAUCCCUGAAGACAAUCACCAUACACACACAGUCAUAAAACAAUGUGCACAAAGGCCACAAUCAGCCCCCCAUAUACACAAAACACUGAAGCUAUCUACCACACACACAUACGGUCCCAGACACAAACAUACUCAUGCUCACAGACACAUACAUUCACAUACAAGAAUACGCACUGACAAACACACACUCUCAAGCACAUUUACAGGUAGACAAUGCCAGACACACUCAGAAAUACACACAGGCAGAUAAAUACACAUUGUUACUGUAUGUCUGUAUUAGUCAAUAUUUGUGUCUCUGUGCAUCAGUGUGUUUGUGUGUGUGUAUGCAUGUGCAUGUAUCAGUGUGUAAAUGUAUUUGUGUAUUAGUGUUUAUAUGUGUUAAUUUAUUAGUGUGUGUGUCUAUGUCUGCAAUGUGAGGGUGGUAUGGUAUGGGUAAUGCAAAGGUAAAGUAGCAAGCAACAUAUAUGCAGGGCCGGCCUUAGGCCUUUAGGCGCCCUGUGUGAAAAAAUUUCACAGUCCCCCUCCCCCCCCAUCAUCCAUGUAUAGUGUGUGUGUGUGUGUAUGGGAGUGUAGUGAUUGUAUAGGGGUUUAUUAAAUUAAUAAUGAUUUAAAAACAAAUAUUAAUUCCUUCUUUCCUGUUGUUACCUAGUUGGGAGAGGGGUGCUGAUCUGAAUCUGUUCGGCCCCUCGACUGGGUACAGACCAUGCGUAACUGUCUCGCAAGCUCAGGGACCUGCAGUGUCUGAUUAGCCAUAGCUAGGAAGACAGCUACUUAUGGUCUGCAGCCAACAGAAGUGCAGGCCAGAAGUGCAAGACUGCCUCCCCUACAUUACAGAGGAGCAGACUAAGUAUGUCACAUUAUACUGUGAGUUGUUUUGCUUUGGAGCUCUGGAUUAUACUUAUUUACCUUGACCUCUUUGGAAAUAAAAUUUUGUAGUAAUGCGCUAACUUCUCCAUUUAUCACAGAGCUCCACAACAAUAAAACUCCCAGUAAUGUGGAGCUCUGUGACAAGAUCAUACACUACACCACAAUAUAACUCUAAGUAAUGUCUAUUAGUGUAUCACCGAGCUCCCUAACUAUAAAACAGAGUAACAUGCAUUUUAAAUACCAGAGCUCCACUGUAAUACGUCUCACUAUGAUAUGAUGUAAUGUUUGUGUUGUCUGUGUAUAUGAUAGGUGUGAUGACUAUGUGUGAUAUGUAUGCUAUGUGUUGGCUGUGUGGGAUAUUUGUAAUGGGUGUAUUAACUGUGUGAUAUGCGUGUAUUGGUUGUAUGUGAUAUUUGUGCUGGGUUUAUUGGCUGUGUGUGAUGGGUAUUUAAUUCAGAUAAAAAUAUGCAUUUAAGCCUAUGUGCGAAUGCAGGUGUAUAUUUUUGCAUAGUUAUGUGCACACAGUCCCACAGUCAGCUGCACAGUUAUACAUAUACACUUGUCAAAUACACCACAUGCACACAGUCGCAGGCAGAUAGUCGCAGAAACACACAGGUACCGGCAUUAACACACAUACAGUUACAGGCAGAUAAACACACUCACACACAAUUACAGGAAGGCAGACACACACAGGCAGCCAGCCCCACACACACAGCCAGACAUACAGUUUGACUCGCACACACACAUACUUACAUUGCAGACAGCCACACAGGCAGACAUCCACACACACAGACAGCCACACACAUGCACACAGGCAGGCAGUCACACGCAGACAGCCACAUACAAACACACAGGCAGACAGCCACACACACACACACACACACACACACAGAGGCAGACAGUCUCUCUCACACAGGCAGACAGUCUCUCUCACACAGGCAGACAGUCUCUCUCACACAGGCAGACAGUCUCUCUCACACAGGCAGACAGUCUCACACACACAGGCAGACAGUCUCACACACACAGGCAGACAGUCCCACACACACAGGCAGACAGUCACGCACACACACAGAUAUAAGAUGUGAAUAUGACUCAAAUAUUGCUACUUUGUAAUAUAUCAGAAAUAAUAUGUAUAUUUGGCAUUUAUGAGACAGAGUAUAAAUUAACCGUGUUAUAUUGCUUUAAGAUCCAAAGGAGACUGUUUUCAAGUUCAUGGUGAAAUUCUUCCUGGUAGAUCCGGGCCUUCUGCAGGGAGAGCUGACAAGGUAAAUCAUUCACGACAAAUGAUAACAUGCUUCCCGAAAUUUUAGUUUGAUGUUUUUGGCUUGGGAUGAUGCAUUAAUGAUGAUUUUAAACUUGAAGAAAACUUUUUGUUUAACCUUUUUCAGUGAGUCAUUGAAUUGUGAUCCUCCCAUCUUGGUGUCUAAUCUACACACCAUCACAUUUUCAGAUUCCCCUGUAUUUCUCAUCCAUCCCACUCAUUUCCUCAGCAUACCAUUUCUCAUCUUUUAAUCCUAUAAAUAGAUUCACGACCUGUAGCACAUGUAGAGGCUGAACAAGCACCACCCUUUUUGGCUCCGCUGUUAGCAGAAUUUGCUCUCAUGGAGCCUACCAAUAACUGCAGAAUUUAAGUCUUGCUCCUUCACCAAUCAGUGGACUACCACUUUAAGAUACAUUACUUUAACAGCCUAAUGAAUGGGUGUUGUUCACUAAAAAGGAGUUGAAAUGAGUUCAGUUAAUGCUAAAAUUACAAUUAAAGAAGCUGAGUUUAAUUUUUUUCCUUUCUUUUGCAAAAAGAGCAUCAACAAAAUUACACAUAAAAAAAAACACCAAAACCCUGCAUAUUGCACAGUGUAGCUUUUUGCAAUACCUUGACCUCAUUGUAUCAAUCCUUCACUUCCCAGGUAUCUCUUUGCACUCCAGAUAAAAAAGGACUUGGCCUCUGGGAGAUUAACGUGUAAUGACAAUAGUGCUGCUUUAAUGGCGUCUUAUGUUCUCCAGUGUGAGUAUAAAAUCAUUAAUUCAGACAUAUGGGGUAAAUAGCUAGAAUAGAAAUGUAGGACAGCACAUCGAAUUAUAUAUUGUUAUACAAAAAUACUUUAAACAAAGUAAUUUUAUAAGUGUAUACAAUUUUAUUUUUCCAUUUAUUUGUUCAUUCUAUAUAGAAAUAUUGGGAAGGUAAAAAGCUUUAAUGUGCCUCUCAAAUAGUCUGAAAUAUUAAUUUAGAAACGGAAAUACCAUUCUUGUCACUUACAUUAGAUGUGACAAACAGAGAUAUAGAUGGACAAAUAUUUAUAUUAUGUUAAUGGAUAUUUGGGUUGGGGAAUGCAAAUUCUAAAAAAAUACCUUCUGAAUGAAAAGCGAAUAUCUCUAUAUGAGCAACAUGACAAUAUACAAUAGGUACCUGGCUAAAACUACUGAUCUGUAUUAUACACAGCCCUGCAGUGUGUUUAUUAGCACCCCUUCCGUUAUCCUUACUCUGAUUGCUACGAUGCAUACAGGCUCCUAAACAGAUCAAGGUCAGAAACAGGCACAUGUUGUCAUAGAAUGCAAGUCUCAGAGUGCUCAUUCAGUCACAUAGCGUGUUGUGUAUACAUACUGUCAAUCAUAGACCACGGUAGCAACAAGAGCAGGCACUAAUUACCUACGCUAAUGAUACUAUCUCUCUUAAAAUGUUGAUAAUUUAUGAGAAUUCUGUGUUAUUUUCAAUGUGUGGGGUUUUUUUUUUUCUUAAUGCAGCAGAACUGGGGGAUUACGACGAUGAUAUAGCCAGAAAUCAUCUGGAACAGACCCAGUAUUUACCAAAUCAAGAGUAUCUUGACAAUAAAAUCCUGAAAUAUUACCAGCGCCAUAUGUAAGUCUAAUCAUUAUACAAUAAAUGAAUCAAACUGCAAUCCGGCAAAUGGAUUUUUUUUUUUUUCUUCAAUAGACAUACAGUCAAAUCUAAAAUAGGUCGGAUGUGUCUAGAGAACAGAACAGGUUGAUCAUCAAAAUACACAGACAGGGUUAUUUACCAAAGCUGAAUUUGAUUUUUUUUAAAAACAUUUUUAUUUUGAAUUCACUGUUUGCAUUUUAAAUUGUCUUUUUGUAAGUGGGGGAGGGUGGUUGUUUGGAUUUUUGGUUUUCUUUACCUUAAUACAUUUGAAAGAGCAAUACAAUGCAAUGUAAAUGUUUAACCAAAAUAACCUCGCAUAUCAAAGAUAUGUUUUACUAUUUUAGCAUUACUUCCAUUAAAGGACCACCCCAGGCACCCAGACCACUUCAGCUUAAUGAAGUGGUCUGGGUGCCAGGUCCAGCUAGGGUUAACCCAUUUUUUUAUAAACAUAGCAGUUUCAGAAAAACUGCUAUGUUUAUAAAUGGGUUAAUCCAGCCCUCAAAUCCUCUAGUGGCUGUCUCAUUGACAGCCGCUGGAGGCGCUUGCAUUAUUCUCACUGUGAAAAUCACAGUGAGAACAACAUGAGACCGGCUGAAUGCGCGCGCAGCUCUUGCCGCGCGUGCGCAUUCAGCCGAAAGAGAGGAGAGGAGGCGGAGAGCUCCCCGCCUGGCGCUGGAGAAAGGUAAGUUUUAACCCCUUUCCUCUCCCCAGAGCCCGGUGGGAGUGUGACCCUGAGGGUGGGGGCACCCUCAGGGCACUAUAGUGCCAGGAAAACGAGUAUGUUUUCCUGGCACUAUAGUGGUCCUUUAAGAAGGUACAAUUUUCAUUUAUUCGAAUUUGAAUUUACUAUGUGCCUAUAAUACUGAUUGGGAAGGAUAACUUUAAAAGUAUUACUUCUGUGUCUAGAGGGAAGUCUCCAGCUGAAUCAGACAUGCAGUUACUGGACAUAGCAAGGAAGCUGGAUAUGUAUGGAAUCCGUCCUCACCCGGCCAACGAUGGAGAGGAUAUGCAGAUCAACCUUGCUGUGGCACAUAUGGGUGUCCUGGUCUUGCGGGUAAUUUAAAAUACUGCUGAUGUAAAUCGCUGAUGUGUACUCUAAAUAAUAAUUUGUUCUAGAGACAGCAUUAUUUUAAAAUAUGAUUGAAGUCAAUCCAUGCAGGACCAUAUUUCUCAAUAGGAUAUUUAUAAUAAGCACAUGUUUAGGUGUAUAUGAAACCUGGUUUGGGUUUCAGAGCAGAAAUGGAAACUACUGUAACGAGAAUAUACCCCUACACGCAGGAUCCAGCUAAACAGAGGCAGAUACAGAGGAGAGAUACGUCUACCGGACCUUAGAAUGGCCGGACUCGACGUAUAUGAGAGGAGACAGAGCCAGGAACAAACCGAGGUCAAGGGCACAGAGAGACAGCGUAAACUAGGACAAGCCGGGGUCUGGUACACGGAAAACAGCAAGCCGGCAAACAGUACAGAUAAGGAUAAAGCGAAAACGAAGUCAGAAUACGAAGCCAAAGUCAAUACGAGAAAACACAACUGAACACCACAAGCGCUAAAGGGAACUGAAACAGAAACCACGAUAGGGCAACGAGCUAAGGGAAAAAGGUAAGUUAAAUAGCUUUUAAACCAAAGUGAUUGGCUCCUGUCACUUCCACACCCCCUAUAGGUAAUUGUACAGGGAGUGUGGUAUGACAGGAGCCAAUGGGAGCCUUUUGGCAAUUAGGCUCCCACUGUCUCUUUAAGAGCGCGCCCGAGACUCGCGGCGCGCUCUUAGUUUCAGGCGGGACACGUGACCGCUUCACGCGGUCACUGCCCGCCUUCCAUCUGAAGCAGUCGGAUGAGCCGCGCGCGGCUCGUGCAGCCGCAGGACCGCGCGCGGCUUGAAGAGAGGACCGCGACCGGCCCCCGGUUAAGGUAAGUAACGCUACAGUACCCCCCCCUGAGGACACGCCCCCCGGGCGGGUAGGACCAGGCCUGGCAGGAAAACGAGAAUGGAAAGAGCGCACAAGACGGGGAGCAUGGACAGCAUCAGCCGAAAUCCAACUGUGCUCCUCAGGCCCAUAACCCUUCCAAUGUACCAAGUACUGAAGUCGACCCCUAAGGAAACGAGAGUCAAGAACAGCAGACACUUCAAACUCCUCAUGACCCUCCACCGAGAUAGGAGGGGGAGGAGGAGUAUGCCGGGUAUAGCGGUUGCGUGCGAAAGGUUUCAACAAUGAGGUGUGAAAAACAUUAGGAAUACGUAGAUUCUUAGGCAGGCCUAAGGCAUAAGAAACAGGAUUAACCUUAUGUAUAAUACGAUAAGGUCCAAUGAAGCGGGGAGCCAAUUUCAUAGAAGGCACCCGGAGACGAAUAUUCCGCGUGGAAAGCAAAACCCUGUCCCCCACAACAUAGGACGGAGCUGCUCUGCGAUGCUUGUCAGCCUGAGCCUUCUGGCGAGUAGCAGAGUCCACCAAAGAACGCUGAACCUGCUCCCAAGUAUUACGCAAACCAGCCAAAUGCUCAUCCAGAACUGGCAUGCCCUGUGAGGAGAAUGCAGCCGGAAGAACAACGGGAUGCUGGCCAUAGACAACGUAAAAAGGGGUCUUGCCGGAAGAAUCAUGAGUGGCGUUAUUCCGAGCAAAUUCAGCCCAAGGAAGCAGGUCAGACCAAUUGUCCUGAUGGUGAGACACAAAACAACGGAGGUAUUGCUCCAGAGACUGGUUGGCACGUUCAGCAGCCCCAUUAGACUGGGGAUGAUAAGCGGAAGAAAAUGAGAGAGAAAUACCCAUUUCUGAACAAAAGGCCCUCCAGAACCUGGAAAUAAAUUGGCUACCCCUAUCGGAUACAAUAGAUACGGGAAUCCCAUGUAAUCGAAAUACUUCUCUAGCGAAGAUAUGAGCCAGUUCCUUGGAUGUGGGCAACUUGUGAAGAGACACGAAGUGAGCCAUUUUGGAGAACCGAUCCACUAUCAUCAGGAUUACUGUGUUACCAUUUGAAGGGGGUAAUUCAACAAUAAAAUCCAUGGACAGGUUAGACCAAGGUCUCUCGGGAACGGGUAACGGAUGCAACAGCCCACAAGGAACUCUACGGGAGGAUUUCAUACAGGCACAAGUAGUACAAGCACUUAUAUAGUCAGUGACAUCCUUUCGUAAGGAAUCCCACCAAAAAUACCGAGAAACAGCUGACACCGUUUUGGAAAUACCAGGAUGUCCAGCAGUCUUAGUAUCAUGAUAUAAUGACAUAAUAUCCCGUCUCUCAGGAACAUCAACGAACAGUUUAUCAUUAGGCCUCUCGCUAGGUGCCAUGCUUUGUUUCGCUUGUAUGGCCUGCAAGAGGGACGAGGAAAUAGACAAAAUAGUAGUAGCUAUUAUCCUGUCUGGGGGAAUGACAGGAGUAACAUCAAUCUCCUGUUUGUCAGUAGUUUCGAACUGUCUGGACAGAGCGUCUGCUUUAGUGUUGCGAUCACCUGGCCUAUAGGUGAUAAUAAAAUUGAAACGGGACAAAAAUAGUGACCACCUAGCCUGCCUGGAAGACAAUCUUUUGGCUUCGCUAAGGUAGGAUAGGUUCUUGUGAUCCGUAAAAAUGAGGAUAGGAUCCUUAGUUCCUUCUAACAAAUGUCUCCACUCUUUAAGUGCUAAAAUAAUAGCAAGGAGUUCGCGAUUACCCACAUCAUAAUUUUUCUCUGCUUUGGACAUUUGUUUAGAAAAGAAGCCGCAUGGAUGCAAUGGCUUUUCAGGCGACUCUCUUUGGGAUAAGACAGCACCUACCCCAAUAUCCGAAGCAUCAACUUCAAGAAUAUAGGGCAGUGAGGGGACAGGAUGCUGUAAAAUAGGUGCAGAGGCGAACGUAGUUUUAAGAAAUUCAAAAGCCUGAAGUGCCUCGGUAGACCAAACACGAGUAUUGCCAUCCUUUUUAGUCAUACGGGUAAUAGGUGCUACAAUGGACGAGAAACCUUUGAUAAAACGUCUAUAAUAAUUGGAGAACCCAAGAAAACGCUGAAUAGCUUUCAGACCUUGCGGUAGAGGCCAUUCUAUUACAGCAGCUAGCUUCUGGGGAUCCAUACGAAAACCUUUAGCGGAAAUCAAAUACCCCAAGAACUGGACUUCGGUUUGGUCAAACAAACAUUUUUCUAGCUUGCAAUAAAGACCAUUAGCAAGAAGGGUCUUCAAAACUGUCGUAACAUGUCUGUGAUGAGUGUGUAUAUCUGUAGAAUAUAUUAAAAUGUCGUCCAAGUAUACGAUAACAAAUGUGUGAAUAAAAUCUCUUAAGACAUCAUUAAUAAAUUCUUGGAAUACUGCUGGGGCAUUGCAAAGCCCAAAUGGCAUAACAGUAUAUUCGUAAUGACCGGAUCUAGUGUUGAAUGCAGUCUUCCAUUCGUGAUUUUCCUUUAUACGUAUCAAAUUGUAUGCACUCCUAAGGUCUAAUUUAGUGAACACAGUGGCAUGUUUCAGCCUGUCAAAUAAUUCUGUAAUUAAAGGUAUAGGAUAUGCAUUUUUGAUAGUGAUUUUCUUUAGACCUCUAUAAUCUAUACACGGUCUUAAAUCACCUUCUUUCUUCGAUACAAAGAAGAACCCUGCUCCAGCUGGAGAAGAGGAUCUCCUAAUAAACCCCUUUUCUAGUGAUUCCUUAAUAUACUCCUCCAUGACACGGUUUUCUUGAACCGAUAAGGGGUACACCCUGCCCUUUGGAGGUAUAGUGCCAGGCAACAAGUCAAUAGCGCAAUCAUAGGGUCUGUGAGGCGGUAAUUUCUCAGCCUCCCUUUUAUCGAAAACAGUCUUUAGAGAUAAAUACUGAGGGGGUAUAACCGUAGACAAAGGAGGACUGGUAGGUACCUCAAUAGAAUUCAAAGGUGUGACUUCCAACGUACAAGACUCGUGGCAGGCCUCACUCCAUGAUUUUAUUUGCCCUGUCUCCCAGUCAAAAAUGGGAUUGUGAGCACGUAACCAUGGAUACCCUAAUACUAACUGUGAAGAGGGAGAGGUGAUGACCUGGAAUCGAAUGGUUUCAUAGUGUAAAACCCCUGUGUACAUGUGUAAUGGUACAGUCUCAUGAGUGACAACUGGAGAACUUAAUGGUCUACCAUCUAUGGCCUCAACGGCCAAGGGUAUCUCCUUCUCUCUGAUGGGAAUGUUGUUUCUCUUUAUAAAGCCAGAGUAUAUAAAAUUUUCAGCUGCCCCAGAGUCAACCAGAGCAUAUAUGUUGUCAACUAUACAAAUCUCUCCCAUAUAUAAAGAAACCGGGAGAAGCAAGCGGUUAGGAGGCAAUUUAGGAGACUUAGAUAUCACACCCAAGGCCAGUCCCCUAUAAGGUCUUAGGUGCGAGAGUUUUCCGGGAGUAAAGGACAUUCCUUUACCAUAUGGUCUCUCCUACCACAGUAUAGGCAGAGUCCCUCCCUUCUCCUAUGUAAUUUCUCAGUAUCAGAGAGUUUGGCAACCCCUAAUUGCAUAGGUUCCUCCUCAGACACUUUAACACUCUCUGGUAUAUUAACUCUGGGGUUAAUGGGUGUAACAAAACGUCUAUUCCUGUUCUUGUUAUAGAGCCUGUCACGAAUUCUAUUAUCUAUAUCAAUGAGGUAAUCGAUAAGGUCCUCUAAGGCAAUAGGAAGCUCCUUAGCUGCUACCUCAUCCAAUAUCGUAUCUGACAAACCUUCCAUAAAGGCAGUAGUUAACCCAUUGUUGGUCCAAUCUACCUGCGAAGCAAGAGUGCGAAACUGAAUAGCAUAAUCAGCCACAGACCUAGAACCCUGUUUAAUUCUCAUUAAUGCUCUCGCGGCAUUCUUUGACCUUUUCAUUGUGUCAAAAGUUCUACGAAAAGCCGUAAGAAAACUGUUGAAAUCAUGCACCAUAGGUCCAUUAGCUUCCCAAAUAGGAUUUGCCCACUCAAGUGCCUUAUCGGUGAGUUGGUGCAUAAAGAACCCAACCUUAGACCUCUCUGUGGGAAAUGAACGUGGAUACAUUUCGAAGUGGAAUUCAAUUUGAUUAAUAAACCCUCUGCAAGUCUUAGAGUCCCCUCCAUACCUAGGAGGAGGUGUUAAAUGGGCCGAAGUAUUAGGCAAAGUAGAUACUUCAGGGAGAAGGGGCGUAGGAGGGUUAGGUGUGGUUGCUGGAACGGUUCUAGCUAGGAGCGUCUGGAGAGCCUGAGCUAUCUGAUCCAUCCGGUGAUCCUGCUCUACAAAUCUUGCCUCAUGGGACGCCAUCUGUUGAGCUAAAUCUGCGGGGUCCAUGGCCCUAUCGUAAUGUAACGAGAAUAUACCCCUACACGCAGGAUCCAGCUAAACAGAGGCAGAUACAGAGGAGAGAUACGUCUACCGGACCUUAGAAUGGCCGGACUCGACGUAUAUGAGAGGAGACAGAGCCAGGAACAAACCGAGGUCAAGGGCACAGAGAGACAGCGUAAACUAGGACAAGCCGGGGUCUGGUACACGGAAAACAGCAAGCCGGCAAACAGUACAGAUAAGGAUAAAGCGAAAACGAAGUCAGAAUACGAAGCCAAAGUCAAUACGAGAGAACACAACUGAACACCACAAGUGCUAAAGGGAACUGGAACAGAAACCACGAUAGUGCAACGAGCUAAGGGAAAAAGGUAAGUUAAAUAGCUUUUAAACCAAAGUGAUUGGCUCCUGUCACUUCCACACCCCCUAUAGGUAAUUGUACAGGGAGUGUGGUAUGACAGGAGCCAAUGGGAGCCUUUUGGCAAUUAGGCUCCCACUGUCUCUUUAAGAGCGCGCUCGAGACUCGCGGCGCGCUCUUAGUUUCAGGCGGGACACGUGACCGCUCCACGCGGUCACUGCCCGCCCUCCAUCUGAAGCAGUCGGAUGAGCCGCGCGCGGCUCGUGCAGCCGCAGGACCGCGCGCGGCUUGAAGAGAGGACCGCGACCGGCCCCCGGUUAAGGUAAGUAACGCUACAACUACAGAGGCAAAUAUUUAACAUUUAACAAUUUAGUUUAUCUACAGUAAGGUAAAGUAUUUGGUCCCCUGCUGAUUUUGAACGUUUGUCCACUGAUAAAGAAAUGAUCAGUCUAUCAUUUUAAUGGUAGGUGUAUUUUAACAGUAAAACACAGAAUAACACAAAAAAAAAUCCAGAAAAACGCAUGUCAAAACAGUUAUAAAUUGAUUUGCAUGUCAAUGAGUGAAAUAAGUAUUUGAUCCCCUAUCAAUCAGCAAGAUUUCUGGGUCCCAGGUGUCUUUAAUACAGUUAACACGCUGAGAUUAGGAGCACUCUCUUAAAGGGAGUGCUCCUAAUCUCAGCUCGUUACCUGUAUAAAAGACACCUUUCCACAGAAGCAAUCAAUCAAUCAGAUUCCAAGCUCUCCACCAUGGCCAAGACCAAAGAGCCACCAUGGCCAAGACCAAAGAUGUCAGGGACAACAUUGUAGACUUACACAAGGCUGGAAUGGGCUACAAAACCAUUGCUAAGCAGCUUGGUGAGAAGGUGACCACAGUUGGUGCGAUUAUUCACAAAUGGAAGAAACACAAAAUAACUGUCAGUCUCCCUCGGUCUGGUGCUCCAUGCAAGAUCUCACCUCAUGGGGUUUCAGUUAUCAUCAGAAUGGUGAGGAAUCAGCCCAGAACUACACAGGAGGAUCUUGUUAAUGAUCUCAAGGCAGCUGGGACCAUAGCCCCCAAGAAAACAAUUAGUAACACACUACGCUGUGAAGGAUUGAAAGUGUUGUGGUCAGAUGAGAUCAAAAUCGAACUCUUCGGCAUCAACUCAACUCACCGUGUUUGGAGGGGAAGGAAUGCUGCCUAUCACCAUGGGUGUCUGCAGGGGGGCACAAGCCCCCCCCCGCCCCCCCUGGAUUUUUCAGCUUGUUCUGCUACUUUACGUGUGAUUGAAAAUACAGUGCAAUACCGGCCAGUAGCUGUGUAUGGAGAGAGACAGGGACGGGAAGCUGCAUCUUAUCCCUGCUUCUCUGACUGAAUCUGCAGGGGAGCAGCACAGAGUGCAGCCAGCCUACAGAUCAGGUAAGUGAUCAGGUAAGUGAGACAUGAGAGGGGGCAUCCUAUAGAUCAGGGAAGUGAGACAUGAUGGGGGGCAGCCUAUAGAUCAGGGAAGUGAGGCGAGGGGGGGCAGCCUAUAGAUCAGGGAAGUGAGGCAUGGGGGCAGCCUAUAGAUCAGGGAAGUGAGGCAUGGGGGGCAGCCUAUAGAUCAGGGAAGUGAGGGAGGGAGAGGGGGAGAGAGCCUAUAGAUCAGGUAAGUGAGGGAUGGGGGGGAGGAGAGGCAGCCUAUAGAUCAGGAGUAAGUGAGGGAUGGGGAGGAGGCCUGAGAUCAGGUAAGAGGUGAGGGAUGGGAGGAUGGGCAGCCUAUAGAUCAGGUAAGUGAGGGAUGGGAGGACAGACGGCCUAUAGAUCAGGUAAGAAGUGAGGGAUGGGGGAGGAGAAAGCCUACUAUAGAUCCAGGUAAGGAAGUGAGGGAUGGGGGGAGGAGAAAGCCUAUAGAUCAGGUAAGUGAGGGAUGGGGGGAGGAGAGAAAGCCUAUAGAUCAGGUAAGUGAGGGAUGGGGGGAGGACAGACAGCCUAUAGAUCAGGUAAGUGAGGGAUGGGGGGAGGACAGACAGCCUAUAGAUCAGGUAAGUGAGGGAUGGGGGAGGAGAGAAAGCCUAUAGAUCAGGUAAGUGAGGGAUGGGGGGAGGAGAGAAAGCCUAUAGAUCAGGUAAGUGAGGGAUGUGGGGGUGGGAGAGACAGCCUAUAGAUCAGGUAAGUGAGAGAAUCGGGGUGCAGCAUACAGAUCAGGUAAGUGAGGGAUGGGGGGGGAGACCUGGGCCUGGCAGGGAAACUUUGGAUCUUCUCAUCUCCCUAGGUAAAAAAAAAUAUCGGUGUUAAUGUGUUCACUUUUAUUUACUGAGUGUCAGGAAGCACAGAGUGCCACUGGGUAGGGGUGUCGCUGAUUGGCUAGAGUGGUCAAAGCAAAUCAGUAGCUCCCCAUUCAUAAAAAAGUUAAGCGUCAACUGACCACUCUAGCCAAUCUGCAGCACCCAUGCCUAACGUCAAUCUGCACUUCCUGAUGCUGCGUUUCAGAAGCCAGAUACGACCUGGAGAUCUGGAGCUGGAGGAAGCCUUUGGGGUUAAACCAUUUGAGAGAGGUUUAACCCCUUAAAAGAAAGAGAGCACCCAGGAUCUUCCUGGCGUCGUAGCAUUUUAAUUUAGAUGAAGUUGUUAUGGUGACCAGAAUGUUCCUUUAAAUUGCUUAAAGGAACACUAUAGUGUCAGGAAUACAAACAUGUAAGGCUGACCACUGUGAUUGCCAACAAGGGUUUUGCCACCAAGUGCUAAGUCGAAGGGGUCAAAUAUUUAUUUCACUCAUUGACAUGCAAAACAAUUUAUACAUUUUUUACAUGCGUUUUUCUGGAUUUUUUUUUUUUUUUGUUAUUCUGUCUCUGACUGUUAAAAUACACCCACCAUUAAAAUUAUAGACUGAUCAUUUCUUUGUCAGUGGGCAAACGUUCAAAAUCAGCAGGGGAUCAAAUACUUUUUUUCCUCACUGCAUGUUAUUCCGUAAAUCUAUUUACAAAUAAAUACAAAGAAGUACAUUCCAUAGUUCUAAGCUAUGAUUUUGGCUCCCUGUGGAAGUUAUGGCUUUGUGAGAGGAACAGUAUUCCUGACACCAUAGUUGUGAAAACGCUAUUCACCCUGGCUUUAUGUGAUAAUGACUAUGCCCUUUCCCCUUCAUGACACUGUCAAAAAGGGACCAAGCAUGGAUGUCAUUACAAUAAUGCCCCCCCCACCCCAAAAAAUUCCUUUGGACGCCCAUGCCUAUCACCCCAAGAACACCAUCCCCACCGUCAAAUAUGGAGGUGGAACAUUAUGCUUUGGGGGUUUUUUUCUGCUAAGGGGAAAGGGCAACUGCACCGCAUCAAAGGGACAAUGGACGGGGCCAUGUACUGUCAAAUCUUGGGUGAGAACCUCCAUUCCUCAACCAGGUUAUUGAAAAUGGUCGUGGAUUGGUACUUCAGCAUGACAAUGACCCAAAACACACAGCCAAGGCAACAAAGGUGUGGCUCAAGAAGAAGCACAUUAAGGUCCUGGAGUAGCCUAGCCAGUCUCCAGACCUUAAGCCCAUGGAAAAUCUGUUGAGGGAGCUGAAGGUUCGAGUUUCCAAAAAUCCAUUUAGAAACCUUAAUGACUUGGAGAGGAUCUGCAAAGAGGAGUGGGACAUAAUCCCUCCUGAGAUGUGUGCAAACCUGGUGGCCAACUACAAGAUAAGGCUGACCACUGUGAUUGCCAACAAGGGUUUUGCCACCAAGUGCUAAGUCGAAGGGGUCAAAUAUUUAUUUCACUCAUUGACAUGCAAAACAAUUUAUAAAUUUUUUACAUGCGUUUUUCUGGAUUUUUUUUUUUUUUUUGUUAUUCUGUCUCUGACUGUUAAAAUACACCCACCAUUAAAAUUAUAGACUGAUCAUUUGUUUGUCAGUGGGCAAACGUUCAAAAUCAGCAGGGGAUCAAAUACUUUUUUUCCUCACUGCAUGUUAUUCCGUAAAUCUAUUCAUAAAUAAAUACAAAGAAGUACAUUCCAUAGUUCUAAGCUAUGAUUUUGGCUCCCUGUGGAAGUUAUGGCUUUGUGAGAGGAACAGUUCCAGAAUGUUUCAGGAUAUCUCUCGGUCAGGCACUCAAUGUGUGAAAUGUGGCCAGGCAAUCCCCAGAGGUCCAGAAGUCUGUCUGGGUAGUAAAAUAAGCAUUCGGGGGUCCCAUCCGCACAGUGGCAAUAGCCCAUUUUAGGAGUCCCUUUGAACCAGGUCCAUAGUCUGUAGGCAGGAGGCUGGCUUUCAAGUCAGGAGCUUCUAUCACAGUAUGGAGGUCUUGUCCUAUUGUUAAUGGCUCACUUAAAAGGUCUCAGACAAGUUUAAAAAAAAUGCCAGGCAAGUAUCCUUUGCAGACACAAUAAACCCGGGUCAGACUAUCUGUCAGUUACUACUUCACCUUGUUAAUUCCUUAUUUACAUAUUUUUAGUUUAUCCCUAAACUUAGAGGGCAUUCCGGGCUUAGAAUCCUUUAAAAGUUAAAAUGGUCAUCUGGGGGUGCUGUUUAUGUAAUUCAGAACAGACUUGACUAACAUUUAGGCUCUAGAGCAGUGGUGCCCAACCCAGUCCUCAUGGACCACCAACAGUUCAAGAUUCAUGUAUUUCCAUUUUUUUAUGGAGAUAAAUGGAGAUACUGACAAAACCUGGACUGUUGGUGGUCCAUGAGGACUUGGUUGGGGACCACUGCUCUAGACUACCUCUGAGGACACUAGAUGUAAAGGUUUCCUUAAUUGUAAAAUUUAAAGAGUGCUGUAAGCUUGUUUGAUACAUUCUAUCAGUCGGUUGAGUUAAUAAUAUUUGUAGAAAUGCUGAAGGAAAAAUCAACAGACAUUGCUAUUAUAUUGUGUGUUUACUGUGAAUUGGACAUUAUUUCCUAAUGAAUACAUCUUUUUUUAAUGCAGGGUAAUACUAAGAUUAACACCUUCAACUGGGCUAAUAUUAGGAAGUUGAGCUUCAAAAGGAAACAUUUUCUUAUUAAACUUCACCCACACAUUGAUGUGAGUAUUUACGUGAAUCUAAAUUGUACACAUGUUGGGAUAUACCAUAAAACAAAACUGUAUCCAAUAUAAGAAAGUUCUAAGGUAGAAUCUCUGUUGUUGAAGAUGGAAUGUUCAAGGGAGUAAUAGUAAUAGUAAUUAAAGGGACACCCCAGACACCUAAAGCAGUGGGUUCUCUUUAUUUCAUUAGUGCUAAUUUCAAUAGAAAAUGACACCUUUGUAAAUUAUACUGUUUGCACCCCGUGGCUUUUCAAGCAGACAACCGGUUACUACCUGGUUUGGUUAGCUUAUUUGCACUGAACUCAAGAGGCAGCAAUUGUCCAGAGCAACUGCCUUGCAAAGAUUUCUCAUUGAGCUGCAUUGGGAAGUCUGUGAUUGGACAGCCACAGAAAGUCUGGGAAGGGGUUAGAAGGGGAGGGCUUGUAAAUGCUGCAGUCAAGAAAUCUGCAGUUUUUGCAAGCUAGGUUUAGAUAUAACUCCAAUUAAAAAAUGCAUAAUUAAAUGCAUACAAGUUUUCAUUUUGAAUAUAUCUACUAAACAGUGAUUUUUGUUUAUUUUGUGUUUGGCCAGUGCAGUGUCCCUUUAAGAUUUCUGUUGCAAUGCUUGUUGCAAUGCUUGUUUAUGUGGCAAGAUGGGAUACAUGAGACAAAUAUAUAUAAGCAGCAUUUCUUUACUAAUUACCCUGACUCCACUAGUUAAAAUUUCCUGACGUAUUUACAAGUUUGCACAGGUUUGAGCUACUAUAGUUCAGCUUCUAGAACUUAACCCUAUUGUUUUUAUUUAAAUUAAUUUCAAGUAGCUGUAACAUAAGGAAAGAGGGUGGCAUUGCC